AUGACAACUUCAUGGAGUGACAGACUGCAAAAUGCAGCAGAUCUUCCUGCAAAUAUGGAUGGCUAUGCUAUGAAGAAGUAUCGUCGGGAAGCAUAUCACCGGUAAGCUCUUUAUGUAAGGAAAGCAUUUUACUGCAGGAAAAAGCAAAGUUCCAGAGCCCUAAGGACCGCAUUCAAAUAUCUUCACAUGGUUGAGAGCCAGCUGGCAUUGCUUUCCCUUCCACAGGCCCCUGCAUCUCUUACUGCUGGUUUCUCUCCUCAACUCAGACGUGGCUUCUUCUUUUUUUACUAUGCAUGUCUCUGGCAGUGUCAUUCAAUCUGUCUAUUUAUAUUGCAUAACUUGAUGUUUGCAGGAUUGUGUUGCUUCCACCAUUGUGUUAUUCAUUCUUAGGCAAAGAGGAGGUAGAAGGGAUGCUUGUUUUUGUGAGUUGUGGUAUUGUUACCCCUGCUAUAUUGCAACAGUGUUAUGACCCAAGAUCUAGACAACUGUUUUAUUUUUUUUAUUUAAGUGGCAUAUACUUAAUAUUUAAAUUGAUUUAUGUAGGCUUUUUCUACUUUUUAAGAUUAGAAACAAAUUUCUAAGGUUAAAAAGGAGAAUUCCCUGUUACUUUACUCUCCACAAAUGAGUGAAUAACGUCAAAGUUGGCAUAAUUAGAGAGGGUUUGGGCUUGUAAUGUUAUGAAAUAGAAUUACCGUAUUUUUCGCCCAAUAGGGCGCACUUAUUUUUUUGGGGGGGGGGAAUAAAGGAAAAAAAUUAUUUCCCCCCCAAGCCCCAAAGAGCAAAGAAGCCAUGACAGCGAGCGGGAUGGAUCCCGCUAGCUGUCCUGGCUUUGUUUUUAGCCUCGGGGCUGGGGGUCCGGGAGCGAUGGCGAGGUUGCGCUCAACCUCGCCAUCGCUCCCGGAGCUUGCUGCUAUCCAAAGCCUGGGGAGCGCGGCGCUGUAGCCCACUGCGUACCCCGGGCUUAGGGCAGCUAUCUGCAAGCCUGCGGCGCCUGGCGAGAACUCCCGCCGGGCGUCGCAGGCUUGCGGAUAGCUGCCUUAAGCCCGGGGUGUGCAGUGCCGCGCUCCCUGGACUUCGGGCUGCAAGCACCUAUCCGCAAGCCUGCAGAGCCCGUGGGAGUUCCCGCCGGGCUCCGCAGGCUUGUGGAUAGCUUCCUGAAGCCUGGAGAGCGAGAGGGGGCGGUGUGCACCAACCCCUCUCGCUCUCCAGGCUUCAGCGAAAGCCUGCAUUUGCCCCAUAGGACGCACACACAUUUCCCCUUCAUUUUUGGAGGGGAAAAAGUGCGUCCUAUAGGGCGAAAAAUACAGUAAUUAACUUGGAGAGGAAAGUAGGAGAAUUAAGAGAAUGUGACAGUAGAUUAAACCUAAGUUUAAUUCUUUGCUAGUAUGGAGAAGAGACAAUCAGUUGGUGUUGAACAAAGCCUAAAACUGUCAACAGGUGGUUAAGAGGAAAUAGUUAUACUUGGUUGUCAUCCCUAUAUUAUUUUUGGCUCAUCUGAAUAUUAAAAAUAGCCUGUCCCUACUUGUGCGGAGGAAAGAUUGAUGACAGACUUGGUGGAUGUAAUGGAAAAUAUUUUUUUUCCAGCUGUUGCUUUGCCAGUGCCAGUGGUGUCAAGACAACAAUAAUAGCCCUGCCACAUUGCUACAUAUUCCAUGGAUGUUUCAUAAAUAUAGAUACACAUAUUGAGGACAUGUGGUUUUUAACAGAAGAAAUUAAUUUUAUAUCAGUGGAUGUCUUCUUGUGUUAGAUACAGAUAUGUGCAUAUGGUAUAAGAGAAUUCUGAGUUUUAAAAGUUGGCAAGGAAUGAAAUAAUUUCUAUAGCUUUAAAAAUGUCCACCUUGCGAGGUGGUCAAAUGACCUGGAUGGAGUCAUGUUGAAAAUCUCAAUAAUUCAUAUUUUUUAACACUAUUUUCUAGCUCCUCCUCCUCUUUUCUUUCUUCCUUGUAGUUCAUGUUACUUCUCUAGGUCUCAUUGAUCAGUUUCACGUUUGGAAUCUUCUUGAAAACUGAGCUUGACAUUUCUGAAGCCUCAGUGUUGUGACUAGCCUUAACAGUGCAAUUCUAUACAGUGGUACCUCAGGUUAAGUACUUAAUUCGUCCUGGAGGUCCGUACUUAACCUGAAACUGUUCUUAACCUGAAGCACCACUUUAGCUAAUGGGGUCUCCUGCUGCUGCCGCGCCGCCAGAGCACAAUUUCUGUUCUCAUCCUGAAGCAAAGUACUUAACCUGAGGUACUAUUUCUGGGUUAGCGGAGUCUGUAACCUGAAGCGUCUGUAACCUGAAGCGUAUGUAACCUAAGGUACCACUGUACAUACGUUCCCAGUAAGUCUCAUUGACCUCAUAAGUUUUUACUUUCAGGUUAGUAUGUAUAGGAUUGCAGUCUGACAAAGCACUCCUAAUCUCCAGAUUUGCUGGCUGAAGGGGGUUAGGAUGGAGCAGAGAUACCUCUCUGCUGACUUUGUCAUUGAAAGGGAUUGUCUGCCACAGAUAUCCCACUGACCGUGUCCAAGCUAUAGUUUUCUCCAGGUAUAGAUUUUUCUGUUGGUGGUUCUUUUGCCUUCAGGGGCCAAUGUUAGGCCCUGGUGUGAUAAUGAUCUUGAACCUACCAGCCGCUGGCAUGCCUGAAGUGGAUGUAACUAAUGAGAGACUUUGAAAAAUCUGCAGGGGAGAAAAAAAGUAAGACUUCCCUCCCACAUCUCUUGCCGUGGUUGGUAAGUAUUAUUGCUUUUUGAAAAAGGCAACACACUCCUGUUUUUAGUGGUGAUUUAUGCAUACUAGCAAAAGGCAAUAUGAUUUUAAAAGUGGCAUUGUAAUGGGUUUAGGGGUUGCUCGUGCGUAAGUUACCGCCACUCCUGGCGAGGUUACCCAGUUAAACCCUUUCUGACUGAACAGCCUCCAGCAUCGUGACUGUCUCAGUCGCUGGCAGAAUCCGUCAGUGGGCGUUUCUUAAACUUCUUCCAGCACAAAAGUUCCUUGACGCCAAGUCUCCUCCUACUCUCCCUGCGCGGAAGUCUUCUGCGCAGGGAGGUGUGGGCAGCGGAGUACCCGUACUCUCUCUGCUGGUCUCCGGCGAGGAGUCUUGGAGCCUCCUCUCCGAUUCCCCCAUCUGCCCCCCUUCUCUACUGGUGUUACGCUGAUUUCCUUCCCCAGCGGACGGGCUGCCUCUCUCCCUACUGGGACCCUCUCCGCCAUCCCUCUGGAGCCUUCCCUCCGCCUCUAGCUCCGAUGGCAGUUCCCUGACAGGCAUGAUUGUACAAAUUAAUUAAAAUAGUAAAAAUCAAAACAAAUAAGGCUGCAAUCUUAUGUACACUUAUUUUGGAAUAAGCCCCAUUGGAUUUAGUGGGGCAUACUUCUAAGUAGACAUCCCAGAAGAUUGCACUGUAACAUUUUUGGAAUAAAGAAGGAAUGGCUUCCUGGCCUGAAUCCACACAGCCCUGGGAAUGGGAGCCCUGAUUUACCAUACUUUUCCAUGUAUAAGACUAGGAUAGUGCAUAUGCCCAUUUUCUAAAUUUGGGGUCCCCAAAAAUAGGGGGCAUCUUAUACAUGGGGGCGUCUUACACACGGGAAAAUAUGGUACUUCAGUGUUAGACUGACUAUCUCAUAGGCUUUUGACAAGAGGUUAUAUUUAAAUUAACUAGUUUUUAUAUAGAACUUUUGAGCAUUCAAAGCACCUUUUUUAUUUAUAUUUCACCAUGCGUGGAAUUCUCAACCAAUAAGGUAGGUCGCACAGAUGAUAUGAGGCACUUAACACAUUGCAUCAAAUUAUGCCUCUUCUUAGGCCACCAUUCAGCACCCAGGACAAUUAGCUGUCCAAAUAAACAUAAGCAAUCAGAGUCAUUCUGGAGCCUGCUGUGGUAAUGGUGUGUGAAAGAAAUAAUAUAAUUUUGAUUAGUAAAAAUAAAGUGAAGGUCAAUUUUCUAAAUAUUUCUCUUUUGUAUUAACAAAAUGCAAGGAAAAGGUUAAAUACUAAGGCCCCCAAGAUGAUAGCCUUUUCCAGGCCAAGUACAGUUGUACCUCGGGUUCCAUACGCUUCAGGUUCCAUACGCUUCAGGUUACAGACUCCGCUAACCCAGAAAUAGUACCUCGGGUUAAGAACUUUGCUUCAGGAUGAGAACAGAAUUUGUUCUCUUUUUUUUUUUUUUAAUAAUAUUUAUUAAGAGUUUAAAAGUUACCCCAAAAAAAGAAAAAGAGUUAAACAAAGCAAAGAAGCAAAAAGAAACAAAAAACAAAAAACAACACAAUACAAUGCAAGACAAAUAAAACAAAACAAAGACCAUUUUAAACAAUUUCAAUGUCAUAUCUUUCAUUCGCUUAUUUCCACGACUUCCUCACACCUCCCUUUUUGUAUUCCACAUCAAUUAAUUAUUUCAGCAAUUCCUUUCCAUAUUCCUCUGUUUUCUAUCCUAUAAUUAUCUUAACACAUUCUAACAGAAAUUGUUCUCUGGCAGCGCGGCGGCAGCAGGAGGGCCCAUUAGCAAAAGUGGUGCUUCAGGUUAAGAACAGUUUCAGGUUAAGAACAGACCUCCAGAACGAAUUACGUACUUAACCCGAGGUACCACUGUACUGCAUUAACCCAUGGCCAACCCUCAAAGGGUCAUAUGACAAAGUGGGUGUGGCUAAAGUGUAAAAAGAGGGUGUAGCCAUUCAAGGACUAAUUUGGGGAAACCAUUUGGCCCCACUGAAGUACUGCAGAGGAUUUGUGCAAAUGAGCAUUAAAAAAUGGGGGGGGGGGGGAUUUGUGAAGCCUUGUGGACCUGCAAUUUUUUUUCCAUUUUAAAAUUUUAUUAAAUCAAAUUUAAUACAAUCACCACAAAAAUAAUAAACACAGCAUUACGAUUGUAACAUACUCUUACAUAAUCUUAGGGCAUUAAUGGUCAAUAUAGACUCUCCACGAACAUGUUUGCAAAACUGGUGGGAGAAAUUGCUACUUCCCUUAUGAAAAGAAGGGGGGGUCAUCAAAGUUGUCUCUCUUUAUAACACUGUUUGCUACUCUUCUAAGCCCAGAUAAUCGCUCUGAAAUAGCCAUGUCCUAGAUAUUGUUGUUCCAUACCUCAAGAGGUAGCUCAGCCUGGGAUUUCCAAAAAUAGGCUAUCACUAAACCUGCAAAUAACUUGUUGGCAUCAGAGUGAAGGUGCCUAAAGUAGCUUGUUCUCACUCUGUCCUGCAACAGAAACUGAAUGUUUCUACUGACCAAUCUGAAUGAGGAUAAUGUGACAUCAGACUUGUCUCCUUCCGUGUAUCCUCAAGUUCGCUUCAUCCCAGGAGCUGGCAGAAGCUGCAGAGGAGCAGCUAGCUGACCUGGAGAAAAGUCGGUUUAGACCAACGUCGGCCUUCUGAUCAUCCCACUGAGAGAAUGAGGUUUUGGAGUGUCCACAUCCACCGGGCCUUGCAUCACUUCCUAUUCAAGUGAUUGACAGCAUAGCUCAUCACCCCAAGUUCUGUUGGUGGAUCUAGCAGGUUUUGGUACAAGGAGUGGGGAUUGGUCCCUCAGAUAGCCUUUCUGGGGCCUGCUUUUUUCUCCUCAGCCAUGGUCUGAGGCUUGGUCCCAGGCCUUACCUCAGGUUUUGGUGGGAGAGAGUGCACAGUGUCUAGUGGUUUGUUGGGAUCUCAGGGCUCCUCAGUGACUCCAGCCUCUCCUGCAUAGGUUCAUUCCUGCUCCUCUAGGGGGCAGGAAACUGCCUUCUUUCCCCCCUCCUCUCCUGGGUCUAGUGAUGCAGCAGCUGUGGCAGAGUUCAGGGGCACUCUUGCCUUCACAGGCAUUGGAUCAUCUCUGGGCAGCUGGAAGAGGAAGUCUUGAUGCCACCAACAUGUCAGGCCAGAAGGGAGGGGGCCAGUGCUGCUCAGAGGCCCAAAGGCAAACUGAUUCCUCCACUCUCUGCCUCAGCCUCUGCCACAGGGUGGCAGUGCCAGGCAAGGGCUGCAAAGCAGGUGACAAGUUUGUGUGAAAGCUUAUAUUUGCACUAGGGUGGAUCCAGAUCUCUGACACUGCUGCGGGAAGUAACACAUCUGUUCAACUGGGCGGAGAACCACCUUGCAUCUAUCACUGUGGAACAUGUAUCAGGUGCUUCAAAUACCAGGGCAGAUUGGCUGUGUCUCUCCAGGACACGUCUUAAGCAGAAUUCAGUCAUCUGCCCAUGGUGUUAGAACAGAUGGUGUUACACUUCAGUCAGCCCGGUAUGGACCUAUUCAUGACUCAGCAGAAUACCAAUGUGAAUAGUGCAUAAGGAACACUGCGUUUUUUACCUGAAUUCAAUGAUCCUGAAGUUGGACCCUAUGUUUGUUCCUAAGGUUAACUCAAGUUUUGAUAGGAACUAGGAUGUCAUGUUACCUGCUUUCUGCCCCCACCCUAGAUUGGACAAGGAGAGGGAGAGGCACUCUCUUGGACUUAAGACGAGCACACUGCAUGUCUAUCUAAAGGGAAUGGAAUCCUUCCACUUGUGUGAUUCCCUGUUUCUCUCCUUCCAGCCCCAAACCAUGGGAAAGAAGGUUUCAACUGCUACACUUUCCAGAUGGCUGAGAGGAUGCAUUUCCAAGUGUUGUGAGGUUUCUGUUCUGACUUGUCUGCUGGGGUCACUGCUCACUCUACUAGGAGUACCUCUAUUUUGGCUGCCUUCAGCAUCUCUGGGGGAUAUUUGUAGGGAAGUCGUCUGGUCUUCUUUGUCUACCUUUGUGAGACAUUACAGGAUUGAUAUAUGUGCGUCUGCCAAAGCUUCUUUUGGUUGGCAAGGACUACAGCCAGUGGUUCUCCAGUAGGGAUAGGAGGUCCAUAGCUGGUCCCGCCUCUCUGAGUAGCUGUGGUACAUCCCAUUGGAUGAUCCCCUCCACCCAGCAGGAAAAUGUGACAUUGGACCAACUGUGAAGGUUCAUUUUCUGCAGGGGAUGGAGGAAUACUACCUGUCAUAAGCUAGUUUUGGUUAUUGGCUGUAAGUUGGACAAAUCUUUUUUAUAUGUGGGUUUCUUUGGGGUGUUUGUUGUGUUUUGCUUUGCUUUUUACUGGAUGUUCUUCUUCCUCAAUAGUUGCAGUUCUUGCAUUUUGUUCAGCUGGCAUUUUGUAUCCAUGGGAUGCACUGCUUUUCUCUGAGAUUAACAUGAUAUUUUCUUCUGAAUUGGAUUAUCUUGUCAGCUGAAGGUGUUGUCCACCCACAGUGAGGUAAUAUUUGUCUAAUUUGCAUAUUCCUGCCUGUGGAACAAGUGAGAGGGAAAACCCAUCCAAGGAUCCCCUCAAUCCCCUGCAGAAAAUGGACCUUCAUGGAGGUCCAAUGUCACAUUAUCCUCAUUCAAAUUGGUCAGUUGAAACAUUCCAUUUCUGUUUCAGGGCUGGCCCUGCCAUUAGGCAGCGUGUGAGACAAGCCACUUUAGGCAGCUGAUUUUGGGUGCCAUGAAAGGGCAGCAAAUUGCUAGAUAUUUAAUUUAUUACUGCAAUUUUUCUCCCAGGGUGCAGAGAUUGUGGAAUCUUUUUAAAGUUCCAGAACAACUGAUUAGUUUUAGGUAGUUGUUAUUCUGUCCCAAGACUUCAAAAUGUCUUGUGCAGGUCCUGUUCUGGAUUUCAUAUGUUAGAUUAUAACUACAGCAUCACCACCACAUCUGUAAAGACACUGUUUCAAUCAAGAGAAAAUAAUUACUUUAAAAAUCAAGAAUACUUUACUGAUACUAGAUCUGUGGUAUGUUGUUAGAUCUUUGGUAUGUUUUAAUGCUAUACAACUUCAGGGCUUAGAUACUUGAGUAUGUGUUUAGCUAUGAUAGCUAAAACUUGGAGCUGAAGAAUUCUGUUGAUAAAUGUUUUGUAUUGAACCAUACUGGGUGGAGUAUUGUGUGUAAUAUUUUGAGACUUGUUUAACCAGUGUGGUGAAUGCUGAUUACUGACUUGGUGCCAGAGACUGAAACUGCAUAGAUACAUACUUUUAUAUUUCCUCAAAGUUUUUGAAAUAUGUUUAACUGACUGUUGUUUUACAAUAAUUGUAUUACUGUAGCAAGUUCUGUGUAAUGCUUACUUAUUGAAUAAAAUAUCGUUUGGAAAACUAGCUUAUAAUUAGGAUGGCAAAUACUGACUGUAAAUUCAAGGAAGAUAAAACAUGAGACCCAGGAAAACAUUCAUAGCCUGCAUUUGUGUUUUAUCUGUAGUGUGCACAGUACAAGGAUUCCCCCUACCCCCCCAUAUCAUGCAUUAGUAGGCUUUAGACUAAUAGCUGAUGUCAACUGCACAUCUUAUUAUAUCUUCUUCUAGCCUAUUUGUGGGAAAUGCCUAUGGUAUAAACAAAAAUAGGGACUGAAUUACAGCUACUUUCUUACUGAAACAUUUUGUAAUAAGACGCUGCCUAUCUAUAAGCAGUUAUUGAUACCAUAAUCUUCAAAGUGGAAAUAACAUUGAUAUAACAUUGUUAGGAAGCUCUUCUUCACUGUAUACAAGCAGAGUGCUACUUCCUUACUUCCAGUCAUUUAUUUGGCUUGGUGAUAAUUGUGAGGCUGGUCCCAUUGUAGGAGUACAGUCAUGUACUGUGAUUGUAGUUAGACAGGAAGGAGGUUGAGCAUGAGACACCAAAUUGCUAUGAUGUCUAUUUUUUCACUCUGAGGGAAUACUUCUAGUCACCCUUUGGACUAUUGCAUACAGUUCUUUGGUUAACAGCUGUGAUUAGUAAAGGUUAAACAAUGGAAAAAGUUGGAUUUCCGUUCUCCCUUGAUACUGGCAACUGCCAAGAAACAGAACUCAGGUAUUUGCAUUUAUUUUAUACAAUAUGUUUAUAAUUCAUGAGUAGCAAUUUUUCAAGGUAGUAGGAAAAAACUGUUCCCCCCCCUUAGAAAUCCGUAUCUUUUGUGGAUCACUAAGACACAGGUGACAUAAACCAUGUUGAAGUGCUUCACCUUUACCUGCUUUCAAAAGGCAGCUUUACCCAUAGGGCAGGGGCAAAGAUCUAGAAGUUAGGCCUCUAGUUUAGAAUUCUAAUACUUUCUCUAUAUUUACUUCGGCUUUACUUUUGACAUAUAGUCUAUAUUUGUAUCAUAGGUUUCUCUGAACCAGUAUGAUGUUGUAAAGUGGUGUGUCCUGUUGGGGUCUAAAUUAGGCACAAAAAGAUAUUAUGAAUUGAUUAGUGCUUUGCUUUGCUUUGCUUUGCUUUGCUUUGCUUUGCUUGUGAAGAGAAUGUGAGGUGUGGAAACACAGGUGGAUCAAGCUAAUGUUUUAAUUGAAAUAGUUCUUGGAUUGCAAAAAGAAGCAGAAUGACUAAAAAUAGAUUAUUAAGUCCCCCCCCCAUCUGUUUAAAAAUGUGUAAAAUUGUAAAUACAUAGUUGUUCUUAAAAAAAAACCUAGAUCAGUAUUAAAUAUAGGCAUGACAGUCCUAUUGUUAGUCUGCCGUCCUCGGAUCAUAAAUCAAUUGGUCAUAGCACUUACAUCGGAAGGGCUAAAAAGUUAGUGCUCUGGGCCUUGCCAGAAAGCAUUUGGAAUCUAAAGGAAACAUGAGAGCCAGUGUGUUGUGGUGGUUAGAGUGCUGGACCAAAACCUGGGAGAUCAUAGUUCAAAUCCCCACUCAGCCAUGAAGCUCACAGGGUGACCUUGGGCCAGUCACUGCCGCUCAACCUAACCUAUUGCACAGGGUUGUUGUGGGGAUUAAAUGAGGUGGGAAAGAAUCAUGUCCGCCAGCUUGAGCUCCUUGGAGAAAGAAGCGGGAUAUAAAUGCAAAUAGCUCUCUAGGUUUCCUGUCACAUCCCCAAACCACCAGAAAAUUUUGCCACACUUCUGAGCAUGUCUAAACCUCCCCUUCCCCCUUUCUUCCCUCAACCACAUGUCUGCCCUUCAAGUUUGAGCCUGACGAGAAGUGGCUGAAAGGCCUUUGGAUUUCAUGCAUCCCUUAUUUUAGGAUUGCAGCUCUGGAGUUGUAGUUUGUGCUAGUCCUACUCAGAGUAGACCUUUUGAAGCUAAUUAACAUGUUUAACUUAGGCUCAUUAAUUUCAGUGAGUUUAUUUUGAGUAAAAUAUAGAUACAACCCUUAAUCUCUAAACAGAACCAUUGCUUCUGCUAGAUACAUCCAGGUAAAGGAGAUUUAUCAGAUACGAAUAUUUAGGUGCCUGUGUAUAGUAGGUAGAGGGUUUGGUAGGCAGAGUAUACUUCAUUGUCACCUGAUAAAAACAAAUUGAUCUAGUCUACCCAAUUAACUAUUAAACCUUGCUUUGACCUAUGAGUCAUGGGUAUUUUAUUUUUGUUUGCUACUUUGUUUUGUAAGGGUGGAGCUAGCCCAGAAUGAAGUAGAAAGGAGCAAUACUGGAAAGAAGAAAAGACAAAAUUGCCCAGUGUGUACAUACCUAUUCUCCUACAUUUAGGCAGCAAUCCUAUACCUAACUGGUUGGGAGUAAGCCCUAUUGAACUUAGUGGGAUUUAAUUCUCAGUGGAUAUGUAUAGGACUAUGCUGCUAACUUCACUGUUAUGGGUGCUGGUUUUAAUAGAGAGACCAUAUGGGAUUUUUAAAAACAAAUUUCAUUUCAUAGGUUUAAAAAAGGAAAACAUACAUAUGAUGAACAGAUACAAGGUGUGGUUAUAAGCAUGAAGCAGCAGUAUAAAUAACACUGUGGUUGUCAAUAAAGAUGAGGGUGAGAGUAUUCUUUGUUUCUUCCUAUAUGUAUCUUUCAUUUUUGUGAAACAUUUUUUAAAGAUGGCUUUAGUAUUAUAAUUUGCACAAUUAUUUAAGAAAAACUUGAAGAAAUGUUAGUAGGAAACUUGAAAUGAAUUAACCUUUUUCUUGAUUUGAAUCAGCUUUUGUUUCUUCGAACAUUCUCCUUGUAUUGCUAAUACUAGAAUUUGGGUUUGAAUUUGGGAAAUACAAACUAAAGAGAUGCAGCAAAAUCAAAUUAAAAUCUAGGAUGUCAAGCAAAGAUAGGCUGGGAAGUCUUCAUAUGACAGGACGUGACUAGAGAUGUUCUAUGGUUGUAAUAGAUGCUUACUAUUGUAUUAGAUGUUGUACUAGAUGUUUAAAAGAAGUGAUCAGAAAAACUAGAAAGAAACAAAUGUAUGUAAUGGGGAAAUGCAAUUAUUAUUAUUUUAUUAAAAAGAAAUGUUUUCCCUUUCGUUUUAGCACUGCAUCGCUGCUGAUGAGGUGCUCUGAAGUCCUGACUUUGGGACUCCAAAACCCAGCCCGAACUAAGCACUUUUCAGUGCAUUAGAGUUUCCUACAUGGGACCAGUGCUUGGGAGGUCACCUUCUUAGUGUGGCAUUCAGUGCUGGGCUUCUUUAAAGAAUACCUCUAGGGAGGAGAAGCCACUUUUGUCUCCCAGUGCUGCAUAUGGAAGCAUUUGCAGCCUAAGCAAACAACAACUUUCUGACCCCAAACAUUGGGGGUCAGAGUUGAGGGCAAAGUCAAAGUUUUCCCAAGUCUCUCUCACCCCAUUCUUGGAGAGGGGAGAUGGAGUUGCUUGCUUUGGCUGUGCAUUCCUGUUUUCAGGAGGGUACAGGCACUUACAGCCAAACUGAUCUUUUUGCAAGCAGCUCCACACUGCUCCUUUCAAUUUCUGAUUUUGGAAGUUGAAAGGGGCUGCAGGCGCUGCUUCAAAAAGCAGCACAGGGAAGAAGAUGCAGUUUCUACUUUCCCCUCCUUGAGCCAGAAGCACUCCCACUGCCUAUCAGCUGAUGUAUCCUGAUUGUCUGAUGUAGUGUGUGUGAGUGUGGUUUCCCUACUGUGGCUUAGCAGUUGUAGACGCAAGGGUGGCGAAUCUCCGGCCUGAGGGUCAAUCUUGGUCAGCUAGGGGAGCCAAGAUGACCUGCAAGACCAUAUCCGCCUAAAUCACAGCCACCUGUCCAUCAGCUGAUGGCGCUGGUAAAUGCCAUAAGAUUCCAGGGUGGGUUACAAUAUUAGAGUCUUCAAUUAUUUUUUAAAAAUAAAACCAUUAGAAUUACAUAAGACAGUUUCAAAUGGUACAGAACAGUAUAAAUUCAGCAAAAGAGGUCGGUUCCACAAAAGAAAAUACUUUAGACUGGCAGAGGCCUGAGUAAAGUGAUGCCGUGAAAGCUGUACAGUGAAGAUGCUAGGUGGUAGUAAAGAAUUAAUCACAUUAAAUAAUCAUGCCACAUUAUUACAGUGGUUAGAGUGUCGUUUGACUGGCACCUGGGAGACCAGGAUUCAGAUCCCCACACAGCCCCACAAAGUUCACUGGGUGGCUUUGCACCAGUCACAGCCUCACAACCUAAUCUACUUCACAGGGUUGUUGUGAGGAUAAAAUGGAAAGGAGGAGAAGUAUGUAUGCCACUUUGAGCUGCUGGGAUUAAAGCUGGGAUAUGAAUGUAAUAAUACACGGGGAGAAAUAUUGAUUGAUUGGUCGCCUUUUCUUACACAAACUAAUAUACUUCUGUAUAUCUGGAGAAUCCUACAAGUAUACAGAAGCCACCACUUAGUGACCCUCUUUUUCUGCCAAACUGAAAGGCACUAGAUGAUCCAAAUUCUAUGUGAGAAGAGGAUGAUUAAAUAUCUCUGCUUAAUUUUAAAGCAGGAUAUUCAGUGAUGCUGCUUUUCUCUUUAUUUCCAGACAGUGUCUUCAGUGAAUCAUGAAAUAUUUGCAAGAAUGUUUAUUCUGUUUGUUUCCCCCCCUAAUAUAGUAUGAUUCUGGCUAUUAUGUAACUUUUAAGAUUGUCAACUUUAAUUCCCCGUCUGUUACUGCCCCCCCCCCCCCGCUGUACUUUACAUGCUUCACUGCCAAAUAAGGCAGCUUGCCAGGAAACUGUGACUCCUGAAGAAGCAUGGAAAGUUAAGGGUAAAACAUGCUAUAGCCAGAGAAACUCUAUUCCAAAUGGACUUGUGUAGAACAGUGAUAUCCAGUGACUUGUUAAAUUAGGCACGGAUGUUUAUUAUGUAACACUGGCUAAGGAGAUAUGUGGUACCUUCAGUCUUGUUUCAGACUUCGUGCUUCAAGUCAGACUGAUGCAAAAUUAUGUAUAGAUGAAGAAAAUUAGGUAAUGUGAUUAGGCAAGUUUCUGAAUUGGACAGCUACGCAUUUUACAAGAGGAGCAUCCAAGUGAGAUGAGGUAAGAUUACUGGUGCAGAAAUAGGAUAGCGUGAGCUUGGAUGUUAAGAGUUUGCUAUACAAAUAUUCACUUUUUCAAAUUUCUUUUUAGUGAUGCUAAUUGCUUUUUCAGUGCUUGGUUUUGGGAGGAAAAAUAUCUUAGAAUAUAAGUAAUAGAUAGCUCUCCCUUUUUAUAUGUAUUUGCCUGCUUCCUUUUUACAUCUGUUCUCUCAGUUCUGUGUGAAUGAAAGGUUAGAUUAAUUAUCCACAUCAUAUUAGCAGUCUGAAUGGAGCAUCCAAGCAAAGCCUUAAGACGUAACGGUGCAUGCUUAUACUUAUACUUGUAUACCACCAUUUUCUUAUCAAUGCUGAAGACAUAAAUUCAGAAUGUACUGAAUUUAUCCAUUCAUCAGAUAUUAGAAAUAAUUGUAAUUUGUUGCCUUGCAGCUCACUCUAAGUAGAAUAUUAGACUCUUAAUUUCAGGGUCGUGGGUUUGAGCCCCACAUUGGGCAAAAGAUUCCUGCAUUGCAGGCUGUUGGACUAGAUGACCCUCUUGGUCCCUUCCAACUCUGAAAUUCUAUGAUUCUUCAAUUUGUCAACUUUCCCUUAGUAAAGGAUUUAAAUUGUUGAUGGCAUUAUGCGCAGCAUUCCUAUGUGCAGCCUGAAAUUAAAUCUGUAUUUUGAAGUAUGCAGCUAGGUGAAUUCAAUCUCCCCUUUUAGAUAUUAAAGACCUUUUAACAUAAAGGGCAUUGGUGGUUGUAAUUUUGGUUUCUGGAUUUUUUAGAGAGGAUAAAAGUGACAGAACUACUACAUUGAGUAGGCAUCUAGCUGGUUGUCCAAGGGACAGCAGAGCACGAGGGAGAGGGACAAAAGCUCUACCUUCCAGCUACCCCAUACUUGCUGUUUUCAGACAAUUCAUAGUUGAAAGUCCUAGACUGAUGCACUGCUUACUCGAGAUGGGGUACAAAUGUGCUGUGAUGUUGUGCACAGGUGAGUGGUGAGCCAGUCAGCAUCUCUGUUGAUAGUCCAUGGUUCACUAAUUGUCUACUGUUGAAUUGUAUGCAUGAAAAUACUUGGUGUAACCAUAUUCACAAUCAAAUAUACCUGACUUUGUAGUUUUCUCUUUAACAAGUUAAGUUGAAGAGCAGCAUUUGUUUGCAGGAUCAAAUCUCCUUCCUCCUCCUCUGUUGUGCUGUAAAUCUUGGCUCGUUCUGAAUCUGGAUAUCAUCCAGAUGUCAUUAGGGUAUGAGACGAAGAGGAAAGUCAAGAGCAAACCAUGGAUCAGAGCCAUGAAAUUAGAGAUGCAUUGCCAAAGAGCAGUUUUUAGAGUCCAAUCAAAUACAAGGACAGGUAGAAACACAUGAAGACAUUCUGAGGGAGACUGGUAGGAAUGCACGAAGGCAGAUGAAAACAAAUGAGUUGUGAUGUUAGGGACAGCACACAGAGUGUUGUUGGCAGAACAGAUGUCUGGAGGAGGAAAAGGAAGAGCAGAUAGUGGAAUUUCUUUAACAAAAAAAUUCCUAGCUUUGGCAUGGUCACGUAGUGAGAGCCCUGGCUUCAGACCCAGGAAGGAUUGGGUUUAAGUGAGGAGAUAUGGUAUCUGACAGAUUUUCUCUUUAUCUUGCAUAUAUCAUUCACACAUUCUUGGAAUGUUCAAGUGAAAUAGUAUUUUGAUUAUAAAAUUGGAAACAAAUUCAUUUGUAUAUGUUGGUUAGGCUACAGUGAGGUUGCAAAGGGUCCCCCCCCCCAUAAGUUCUUUAGUGAUAUAUUAAUACAGGGUUAGGUUUUGUGAGUAAUUGUAAUUUUUAACAGUUUCAUAGUUAACUUCAGUUGGAAGGCAAAUGUCUAUGUAAUGUCCUUUUAAUAUCCCACCACCUGCUUCUUUCUUUUUUCACUAGGGAGCUUUACAGAGUAGUUAAUACUUUUUGUUUUUAUGUUUAUGUUCCAGUUCAGCAUGGUUGACUUUGUUAGUGGUGAUGGACUCUCCUUCGUUGCAGUUUUUAAGCAGAGGUUGGAUGGCCAUCUGUCAUGGAUGGUUUAGUUGAGACUCCUGACUUGGGCUAGAUGACCCUCGGGGUUCCUUCCAAUUCUACAAUUAUAUUAUUCUAUAGUAUGUCAUAUAAUGUAAAUAAAAAAUUCUGGUGUAGUUAGGAAACCAGUAGGUAAAACUACUAUGGAUAGCAUCUAGCAGUGUUUAAUAAUUUGUUUUCUGUAGCAGAUCAACAGCUCAGUUCUAUGCAUGUUUAUUCAUAGUUUUAUUUCUUUAAUGUCUCUGUUUUAAUUGGGUUUUUAAAGUUUUGAAUAGUUUUUAUUGUAUUAUAUUGUAUUUUCAUUGUCGUUUAAUUUGUUUUCUGAUGUAUGCAGAAAACAUAUGGGAUGACUAUAUAAAUGGAUUCUUUUUUAAAAAAUUACUCUGACAUAAGUAUACAGAACCUAAUGGCAUUUGCUCCCAAGUAAAUGGCCACACUGGACUGUCUGCCAUGCUUCCCCACCUCCUCAGGGCCAUCUGCUACCAGCUAUCUUGUGGGUAGGAUUUUAGGAGAAAGAGGGAAACAAAUUCUGAUAUCAGAAGGUUUCCCCUCUCCCCCCAAUAGGGCUAUCUACCACCAACUGCUCUGUGGGAAGGGUCCUGAUGGCUUGAGGUCCAGUGCAGAGGGCCUUCUGGUGGUUUCCUCACUGCCAAGUUACAGGGAACCAGGUAGAGGGCCAUCUCGGUAGUGGCACCCUCCCUGUGGAAUGCCCUCCCACCAGAUAUCAAAGAGAACAACAACUACCAGACUUUUAGAAGACAUCUGAAGGCAGCCCUGUUUUAAUGUUUGAUGGACUACUGUAUUUUAAUAUUUUGUUGGAAGCCGCCCAGAGUGCCUGGGGAAACCCAGCCAGAUGGGUGGGGUAUAAAUAAUAGAUUAAUAUAAUAAUAAUAUAUUAUUAUUGUUAUGUUUUGAUAUAGAUUGUGGUGAUUUUAUUAAUGUAUCUUGCUUUUACUUGUAAUCCUUGGAAGGAUUUGGCAUCCUGAAAAGUGGGAUAUAAAUAACAACAACAACUUGUCAAGUCAUGUGGUCCAUUGAUAAACUCCUUAGCAAUCCUUGGACACUUUAGGAACUUAAUUAUUACAUAGGCUCCCUUCAGAUUUCAUGUCAAAAAUGUUUACCAUUGGGUUUCUUACUUUCCUUUUACAGGGUUUUUGUGAACAGAAGUCUAGCCAUGGAAAAAAUAAAGUGCUUUGGAUUUGAUAUGGAUUAUACAUUAGCCGGUGAGUGUAUAUGAUGAAUAUGUAUAUUAUCUAUAAUUGAACCUCACAUCUACAGGAAGCAGAAAUAGAUUGGUAUUCCUCAUGGUAGCAGGUGUUUUUCUCAGUAGCAUUCAUUUUAGAGUAGGGAAGAGCUGAGUAGCACACAGAUGCUGGGGACAUGUUGCUGUCCUGAUAGUUUUGACAAACAUCUGGAGAAAAGUUGGCUUGUCUUUGCCAUAAGGCACAUAGAAACGUCCAUUAAGGGAGGUGUGUUGCCCAUUUUUGCGAAAGUCUGUUCACUUUAAUUGAUGAACCCUGCCACUAUAGAUAAAUGAAGUCCCUUAGGGCUGCCAUCCGUUAUAUACAUACCUGGGAGUAAGCCCCCCAGAAUACAGUGGGAGUUACUUCUGAAUAUAUGUGUAUAGGAUUGCGCUAUAAAUAUCUUAAAAGUAUUUCCUCCUAAAGCUUAAUCGUAGUUUCUUUUUCCUUUGUUCUGGGUAGUGUUGCUUCCCCUUGUUCCCAAAUUUGCAAUAUUGGUGUAGUUUCCCCCCUCCCUCCAGAUUAAUUUUACCUAAGGUCUCAUUAUAAUCCAUUAAACAUUUUAAAGAUAGGUCUUUUUUCCUUUCAGUUAAUACCACUAAAUUAUUGCUCCACUCUCUUAAUGUUUGCUAUUGAAUACUGCAGUUUCUUUGUUUCUUCUUUCAAGCCACUUUUGCCUGUGUUCCAUGCCUUCUGUGUGUCACUUCAGUAAUCGAAUUUAUUUACAAUGUUUAUUUCACUGGCUUCCUCUAGCUGUAGCUAACCUUUUUUGGGCUGAGGAUCCCAUUGAGACUGCAUGUCAACAUGGAUGAGACCAAAGUGUAGAGCUGGGUGUGGUGAGAACUACAGUUCUCAAGGCUAUCUUCCAAAAGACACUCCCAUUCUACACUAUUUUAAAUAAUUUUUUAUCAUUAUUUAUUGAUCAUUAAAUUUAGUAAUAAAAAUUAAAUUUAGUAAUAAAAAUUAAAAGACAAGUUGUGGGGAUCUUGGAGGUUCACAAAUUUAUUUAUUGUGACAGAAUCACAGCAGAGGAACCUUGGAAACAGUUGGUAAAAUGUUUAAUUUUUCUAAAGGGACAAAUGGUGAGCAGGGGCUUGGAACACAAAGAUGUUGGUAUUACAGCCCUUGCAGAAGCAGUCAGCAAACUAAAAACAAUAAUGAUUAUAAAAAGGGCAUAUUUAGGGCAGUCCUUAGAGGGUGAUAAAAAAACCCUUUUGGUAUCACAGUGGGUGUCAAAUAAAUUAACUUUUCCAAGACAAGCAGCAGUUUCAGACCUCCUCUUUCUGCAGAAAUGCUUAUCUCUAGGCCUGAAGCCCAACACCUUGCAUUGUCAGACCUUGACACUUCCAUCUAUUGUCUCCAAAGACCCAGAUCGACUUAUUGUCUACUCACCCAUUCCUCCCACAUUUUCCUUCAAGCCCCGCCCGUGCAACAUAGGUUCCUCAUCUGGGGUUUGCAUACCACUCUAUUGGCUCUACAAUGACCUCCUUUUCAUCCGCUCAAGUUGGUCCUGCUAGGCUUACUAUCCUUUAAAGUCGUGUUCCUUGUAGCCAUUACCUCUGCCAGAUGCAUUUCAGAACCACAGGCACUGUCAGUCAUGUGUGAUUUUUUUUUUAAGGCAACCUUUCCUAGUUUUUUGCUGGCUUUAAAUAACCUAGGAAAGCUGGUCUGCCAUGAGCAAAACAAAACUAAAAAACUAAAAAACCUAAGCUGAUGCUUCGACUGGCUAGAUUUGUAUUCUGUGGAGCUAUAUAUAAUAGUGGAGUAUUCUUUUUACCCCUUCUCCAAAAUUGGAGCUUAGACUAAUUUACUGUGGCUCCUCAAGCUUCUCUGAUAGGGUAGCACUGAAAACUAGGUAUCUACAAGCUUCCUACACCUAGAAGUUAGCUUCUAAAUUAUUACAGGAUUUGGCUGCUAGCACACAGGGCCCUUAGUAAUCUGAGCUGUUGCUUUAAUUAAAUAAAUGGAUAUUGCUUUCUUAUGCUUUUCCUUAACACAUUUUUAGCUGGGGCAGAGAUACUUUAUCAACUAGGGCUCCCUGUAGCUCAUAGGUGGUAACUUCAUAUUUCUAUGGGUGAGAUCUAGCAUUGCAUGAAUAGCUUCUUCUAGUACAAUGGGUCUUCUUCAAGCUCCCCAAAUCUCCUCUGCAGAUUUGAGGCACCCUCUGGAACAGUUUUGGGAGGCAUGUGUGGACUGCAAUAUGGAGGAGAGAAACGGGAAGAGCCAUUUUGCUAUUGGAGUUCCUUUUGCACAAGUGGGCAGACAUUCUGGGAUCUUAUCCCAGGAACCUGGCAAACCAGGCCUCUGGAUUUUUUAAAAAAAUAUCUAACUAAUGUUCUGUACUUGGGCAUAUUAGCCAAAAACAAUAAUUCUGUACCAGAGGAUAUUUCUACAAAUACGUAAUAACUUCUGUUUUAUUACAUGGUAGUACUUUCAUUGAAAGAUUCUGAGUACAGUGGUACCUCGGGUUACAGAUGCUUCGGGUUACAAACUCCGCUAACCAGGAAGUGGUUGCUCCAGGUUAAGAACUUUGCCCCAGGAUAAGAACGGAAAUCGCUUGCCAGUGGCAUAGCGGCAGCAGGAGGCCCCAUUAGCAAAAGCACGCUUCAGGUUAAGAACGUUUCAGGUUAAGAACGGACCUCUGGAAUGAAUUAAGUUCUUAACCUGAGGUACCACUGUACUUCUGUUUAUGGUAUCUUCUGUUCUGCAAGUAUAUUCUGUUAAUGUGUCGAGGGCUGACUAUACAGUUGUUCAAAGUCCAUCAGGAAAAAUGUUAAUUAAAAUAGUUUAGCAUUCUGGCUUCCUAAAUACAUUCUCUUUAUGACAGAAAAGCAUCUAAGCCUGCAUACUUCAUAACUACUUAUAUUCCCUUGUUCUGUAUUGCUAUAUUGUGCUUUGUUACUUGUGUUUAGAGAUUUCCUCCUUCGUAGGGAAAGUUAUUUAGGAUGAGUGAUUUGCAAGAGUGAUUUGCAGUUCUUCCCCAGCCAAUGUUUUUGUUUUUCACCAAAUGCAGCUGCAGUCUAUAGAGGAAGAUGAAUAUGAGGACUUAGACAUUUUCACCUGGGUGCUUUUCCAUUAAAUGUCUCUUGUACUAGAGACAACUGAGUGUGCAAAAUUGGUCUGGGAAGAAGGGUUUAGCUACCCCUUCCACUAUUCUUCCAACUGACAUUGGAACCUUCAAUAGCAGCAUUUCAUUAUAAGACACACCAAAACAAUCCAGGACUACUGAAAACAUUUCUACUUCUAAUGUUUCAUUUGGUGCUUUAAUACUGACAAACGAGAAAGGGAUGUAUAUCAGUGAAUUAAUGUAAAAAGGAAUUUUUUUGUAACUUCAACAUUGUCAAUAUGAAAAUAUGUAACUACCUUGGGUGGGUUCAUUUGGGAAGGUGUCCUUGUACAUUAAUUGCUCUCGUCACUUUGGAUGGCAACUAGUUGCUGAAGUGUAACUCAUUUGGAAGUCAUAUAAACACACAAGUGGGUAAUUUAAAAUUUAAUCAUUGUGUUAUAUUAGCUAGCUUCAUGUUUCAGAUGCUUUGCCUUGUGUUUAAUUUUGUUAGCCUACAUCACUGGGUUAGUGAUGUUGCUGUGUAAAUUUCAGUUUGCCAACAUUGUAGUAAUAGCAGAGAGUUAAGUUGGAAAUGGUGUUUCGAUCUUGGUUAGCUUCUGCUUCUUAAUGAAGAGCUGGAUCAUAGAGGAGAAUUAACUUGUAGACGGAUGCAGGCAGGGCACUGUAUUUAAGUUUAUACAUUAUGGCACCAGUAGGAUUUACUCAUGAGGAUUUACUUUUGAGUAAGGUUGCGUGGAAGCAUACUUAUAAGUUAGCUAAUCUAGAAAUAUGUUAAUAUUUCCUUUCCUUCUACCCACAAGUUUAUUCCAUUAGCUUUAGGAAACAACUGUCUCAGAUUCACCAUGAUAUUCAUUAGAUAACCUUACAUUAGUCACUUGAUGAGCAUAUGUCACAGUGUUGUAGUGAGGGGGGAAAUGGACUCCGCUCCACAAGCAACUUGGAUGAAGGUGAGAUACAGGCAUGACUGAUAAAUACAAUGUUUCCUUGUCACUCUGGACAACCUGAUAAAUUUUUGGUUAACCAGAAAUUUGAUUUCUUUGGAAUAAUGAACUGAUUAUCUAUAUGAGUUUCUACAUAUGUUCAAGCAAGUACAGAUACAAUUUCAAAGGUUUUGUACAGGAUUUAAUAAUUUUGGUACAGGAGGACUUAAUAAUUUUGAAUAUCUCAUUGCUCAUUUUCUGUAUUCUGCACGGUAAGACCAAUGUAUAUGUAAACUUUCCAGGAGAUGGAGCAAAUGGAAGAUAAUUAGUGUGUGUAUAUUGUUAAUAAUUCUAAUUAUUACUUCUAAUAACAAUUCUAAUAACAACCUUGUAUGGUAUGCACAGUAUUCUUUAUUUAACCAUGCUUCCUUCAGUAUUCUUUAUUUAACCAUGCUUCCUUCAGAAAUCAAUUUAGCAGACUCGGCAAAUUUGUAAUGUAGAAAUUAUGUGUUUGGCAGUAGAUGUUGGUGUCAACACAUAGUUCACAGUGGAAAUUAUUUGCAAAAAUGUAAGUAUAGAUUUUGGUGGGCAAGGGUAAAACAGGAGUCAAACACCGAAGAACACGACAAAAUAUGCUGUGGAAUAUGAACUGUCUAAAUUUGGAGUCAAUUAAGGAGAUUGAUCCCUUAAUAUAGCGGUGCCAAAGAAAAGGAAAGAGUAUGUCAUCUUGACAGUGUCAAAUGUAUCAAGUAAAAUGUUGUUCUGAUCUAUUCCAAGUUUAGAAAUAUUGUCUGUUGUUGCUGUCAGAUACCUGAAUAGAUGCUGGUAAUAUUUAGUGCUAUAUUUAUAAGAUACUUUGUGCCAGGGGAGUAGUGAUUCCUUCUUAGCUGUCCUUAAGAAAUGAGGAACACUGCCCCGCUCACCUUAUUCUUUGAGUAAUUCCCUGUGGCUGCCUUAAUAGCAGUUAAGGAAAAUGCUGAGAUGAACCAUAACCAUUUUUAUCCUAACCAGCAGUGGCUGCUGGUGCCCACUGAAGCCAAUGGAGAUGCUUGGAAAUGAUCUUUGGCGAUCACUCGUUGCCAAGUAAGAUUGUCUUCCAUAAACACAGUUUUAACAGUGGGUUUGUAAGUGACUAGAGAGGCCAAUUUUGGAUCCACACGUACUUCCACAGUGAGGACAUAGGUUUCCAGGCAGGAGUUGAUCAUGGUGAGGGUUUGCCAAGCGUGCCUUCCUCUUAGUACGUUUCUCCCUUUCAUCCUGAGUUAUAGCAUCUUCAAAGCCCAUGACACCUUUGGUAAAGGUUGUUCUCCAAUUGGAGCGCUCACAGGCCAGUGUUUCCCAGUUGUCGGUGCUACAUUUUUAAAGAUUUGCCUUGAGAACAUCUUUAAACCUUUCCAUUCUUGAGUUGGGAAUAGAGUAGUUGCUUUGAAAGAUGGUAAUCUGAACAACAUGACCAGUCCAACAAAGUUGUUUAAGAAUCAUUGCUUUGACACUGGUGAUCUUUGCUUCUUCCAGUACAGUACACUGGCAAUAAUUCUCAUUGGACCCAUCCCCUGCAGCUUCUUUCUUUUUGUAUCAGAGUUUUAAAUUUUCCAAAGUGUGUUAUAGUUUUUUGUCCUCGCAACAACUCUGUAAAAGUAGGACACAGUACAGUUUUAGUGGUUUUGCAGAGAAACAACUGGACAUGCUGAACAUUGAGGAAUGAUUCUGAUUUGUCUUACUUGGGUUCAGAGGCAAUGCCCAGUUUCCUUUGGGGGGGGCACACAUGUGUUAUGCUAAUUUCUCUGCCCUGGUUGGCUGAAUUGCUGGAUUGCCUUUAAGGCUGCAAACGAAGAAGGGGGAAAGAGCAAAAGUGCCUGAGGGUGUCCUACCAGUUACUAAGUAAAUAUAUUCUACUGCCUUGAGAUGGAUUGGAGGGGUCUCCAGAGCACAGCAGUAGUUUUGGCUUGGGAUUGGCUGAGCAGUGCAAAUGGCGACAUAAGUUCAAAACUAAGGAGUGUGGAUGGAACAGAAAAAAAUGUUUUAUUUUGAGAAAAUGUUUAUUUCUUUGUGGACAUAUGGUCAAAUAGUGGUACAUCAAAUCUUUUCUGAAGAAGUUGUUAAUUUGCUAUUUUUAGAAACUGUAUUUACUUGGAUGACAGAUUUGGAUGCAUAUAUGUUUUUUAUGAUGCUGCUUAAAAAAAAUAGUUCAUUGAUGGUAGUUUAAGCUGGAAACAUGCUUAAAGUUUGUGAUGGUGCCCAAUGAAUUUUGUACUGUCAUUAGACAAGAGUGUAUGUCUUACUGUUGCUUCUCAUUAAAUCAUUAACUAACAGACUACUAAUUUGUGAGACAUGGUUUGCUGAGGAAUUGGACCUGGACUGAAACUCCAAAAAACUGCAGAAAGCAAGCCUAACAGCAGAAAAAGCAGCAGGAUUCUCUUUCCUUAAUCUGCUUAAUGAUCAUUGAGCACCUUAAAGUCAGUGGGUGAUCUCCAAUUGUUGCUCAUUGGACUAGUGGAAACAUCCCUUCUUGGGAAAGGCAAUUUUGACCAAUUACCCCUGCCCACUCUAGCCCAAUGUAGCUCCAACACCCUCAGCUGGAGAGGUUAUCAAAUGAAAGAUGCCGCAUUGUCCAACAAAAGGGCCUUCCUCUCAUACAGUAGCUACUAAAAAUCUAACAUGUUAGAUUGCUUCCUCUGCCUGAAUCAAAGCAAUUAAUAGUGAUAAGUCUUGUUUAUCCAGCUAUUUAUGCUGGUUAUUGUCAAGAAACCUAUGGUGCAAGAAAUAAUAACUUCCCAGAUUGGCUAUCAAAAUUGUGACUGUUGCAGAAAAGACAUUUUUACAGGGUAUGGGUGCUGCUGCAAAUUUUGAAUUGGUCAGUGGUCUGCAACAGAAUAUAUGUAUGUUUUUUUUCUCAUAAUCUUUAGAACUCUGUUAAAUAGAUUUAUGGGGGGGAAAGCACAUUUUCUUUUCUUUGUAUCUUGCCUUCUGUCGUGGCAUGGUAUAUGUCUUAGCUUCUGUAAGGCGGUGACCUCACAUACACUCAGACUAUACUUUGGAAUAAAUACCUAAAUGCAUGUGUACUAACAUGUGGCAGGUAUAUAAUUAGAUUUUUUAGAAUCACACAAUGGAAAACAUGGAGGUGUAAGAAUAGCUGAAGGCUCCUUGUAAUCUUUGAAGGGCCAGAUGUGAGUAUAAGACUAGAUUAUUUCAAACAAAGCAGAACCAUCUCUAGAGUUCCCACAUCUUGUGCUUUGUUGUGACCUUCCCAACUUUGUUAAGAAAUAUUUUCAUCAUAUCAUAGCUAAUUCCCCAAAGGUAAAGUUAGAAGUAUUCAAACCCCAACUCAAAGUUGCUUAAUCAUUGAAUUUUAUACUUACAGCAGUGUAAGUGUUACCUAGAGAUUCUAAGUAAAUAAUUUAUUUACUGACAUGGAGAUUUAUUAUGGGAAUAUUGGAAUGUAGUUAAUAUUGCAAAAAUGUGGUUCAAAAUAUAGUUUAUAGCUGCAUUUUAGUUAGUUACAGCAUAUAAUCCAUUGCAUAUUUACCAGAAGUAAGUCCCACUGUGUAUCAAGAAGUAAUGCCUGAUACGCAUUUUGCAAGAUAGCUCAGUUGGUAGAGCAUGAGUCUUUUAAUGUCAGGGUUAUGGUUUGAGCCCCAUGGCAUUGCAGGUGGUUGGACUAGAUGACCCUCAUGGUCUCUUCCAACUCUACAAUUCUAUGAUUCUAAUAUUGCAGCCCUAUUCAGGUCUACUUAGAAGUAGAUUCCAUUGAGUUAAUUGGUGCUUACUCCCAGUUAGGUGGCAUAAGAUUGCAAGUGUUGCUCCUUUUCAAGCCAUUUGUGCAGAUUUGUAGACUUACUAGCUCAACUGAAUCAUACCCCAUGAGACACGAAUCUCAUAUCUAUCUUUCCUGCCUUUACUGUAACAUGGAUAUUUGCCCAUUAACAGACCAAUCCUUUCUUUUAGAGGUUAAAGAAUAUGCCUUAUAAUAUACAUGACCCACAUUACAUGUUCAGGACUCUGGAUGGAUUAUGUGGAUGUGAGCCUGUUGCCUCCCCUUCACACUUUACCACCUUGGGGUUGCCAAUGCGUAGACCUAAAUCAACAAGUGUAAGGAAAAGGGCUGUCGCUCAAUGGUAGAGCAUCAGCUAUGCUUGCCGUAGGUCCCAGGUUCAAUUCCUGGCAUCUCCAGGUAGGGCAGGGAGAGAUCCUAGUCUGAAACCCUGGAGAGCUGCUGCCAGUCAGUGGUGACAGUACUGAGUUAGAUGGACCAAUGGCCAUACUUGGUAUAAGACAGCUCCUCUGUUCUUAUAUACUACUUAGAGCUAUUAGUUGAUACACUCUUUUGGAAUAGCUUGGUGUAUUUCGUUAUUAUAUUGGAUGCUCAUAGAAAUGGUUCAAAAAGUUAGGUUUAAGUUUCAGUAUUGAUUUAAACACAUUUCUUAGGAAAUAUGUGUUUACAUUUUGUAUUCAGUAUUGAUUUAAACACAUUUCUUAGGAAAUAUGUGUCUAAAUUUUGUUAAUGUGCCAUGUUUACUUCUUACACAAUGCUGCUAUCCUUGUUACCAGCCCUCACUAAAAUAGUUAUAUUUUGGCAGGAAGAGCAAGGAGUACUUAAACAUACCCGUUAAACCAUAGCACAUGAGUAGAUAUUUGAUACAGAAUUUAUAAUCUAAUAUUGUAAUUUGUAAGUAUUUCUGUUUUUGCUAGAAUAAGAUUUCAAAAGAUCCAGAUUUUUAUCAGAAGUCUAAUUUCUGAUCCACGUUGUACCACUCCGUUCUUAUAUACAGACACAACAACCUCUGCCUGAUACCUGCAGAAUAUCCAUUUUGAAAUCUUGAUCUGAGAGAUUUUUUGUGGAUUUGUAGAUAAUGACAAACCAUGUCUGGUAAACCAGUAUUUGGUCUUUCUGAAGCCAAUAGCACCAGCAAACGAGCACACCAUUGUUAGCACACCACCACUGUUGCAGUUUUAAAGUCAGUUUGAUUCUUUCUUUUUGACAGGGGAGUCCAGUGUAACUCCUUCAAGACUGGAGUGACACUCAGCAUCUGCAUCUGCCUCAUGUGAGUUAAAAUCUUGGCAGCAGCAUUUUGCACUACCUGGAGUGGCUGCAGAUUUUUUUUUUAUCUUUUUCAGAAAGACUAUAAAAAUGGCUACUGUACCGGACUUGGCAGCAAAGGUAACACUAGCAUGCAUGGGUAUUCUAUACCUUACAAUAUAGCUUUCUGUGCAGAGUAGCUUCUCUCGUGACAUGCUUAUUUCUUAAGGAAACUCAUACUUUUUGUAGGAUGAAAGUAAUUUUGAAUGCAGUACAUUUAUUUUGGUAUUGUAGUUGAUUUGAACAAAAAUUGUGUAUGUUGUCGGCAGGUUUCUAUCUUCAAGCUUUGCCCUGUUUGCCAAGGUACACACACACACCACCCCAAACUUGAGAACACAAUUUGUUUCCAUAUGUACAUGAUGAUUUCAGUACAUCUCUCAGUAGCCUUACUGUCUUUCAGCUGUAUUACACUUGUUUGAAAGUAGUACAUUUAGGGUAACUGCACCAAUCUGAUUUACUUCACAACAGAUUAUGCAUGGCAACAUCUCACUUGCCUGUUGUUGUUGUUGUUGUUGUUGUUGUUUAAUGCAAUACUGUAAUUUAAUUACUGUAACUAAGGGUUUGCAGUUAUUCAUCUCACUGUUAAUUAGCUUUCUCAAUAAUCGAGCAGUUGAGAACUGAUCAUUUAUUAUCACCAGUGCUUUUUUUUCUGGGGGUACGCAUACCCCUAAACAUUUUGUGAAUCUUUGUACUUUUGUCUAUUUACUGUAUUUAUUUCCCCUGAUUUGAACUAUAAAAUGGUGAUUUCCUUGAGUCAAAAUUAGAGUACCCCUAAACAUUUUUUUAAGGAAAAAAGCACUGUUUAUCACUCAAAUGUACAGUUUACCUGUACAUUAGUUAUGGAUGCUUUUUCCGUUAUGCUAUUCCUAUUUUGGUACUCAGUCAUUCAUACUGGCUGUAAUUUGCUUGGUUGGGAGCUCAUAUUACCUAAAUGAGCACUUGUACAGCUUGCAGGAAAAUGUCAGGAGCUUGUAGUUCAUCUUGAUUAAUCUAGACUGCUGUGCAGAGUGUUGUCAAGUAGGGACAUGUGCUCUGUGAAUUCCAGCUCCAUUCCCAGUUGUCUAAUUAAAGGAAAACUUAUAUUGAACUAUGUCACAGUAACCAGAGUGUGAUGUUUGUAAUCUAUUUUCAUCUUCUUAGUUUAAUGUACACUGCAGAUUCAUGUUAUAUGCAUGAAUAAAAAAUGCUCACUCAAGUGGGUUACUUAAGUGAAGUAGGGAAUUUUCCCAAUUAUGCUUCCUUCUCUUCAUUAGUCAUAUAUACAGUAUUUGAGUAAAUUUCAAAACUUGAGUAAUCUAGAGGAUGUCAAAUAUGAAGUACAAGUUCACAAAGUGGGCUUGAGAGAUCACCUUGAUGAAACAUGGAAUGGCUUCUCUUGGACUCAGGAAGAGGUAGGUCUUUUUUAAAAAAAAGUUUGCAUUUUUGGAGUGGAAUAACUCCAUAAUGUAUAUGCAAAUUUUGUAUGGCAAAAUUUCAAUUAAAAAAAUAGUUCAAUUUAAAAAAGGUCAGUUGGUUUGAGCAUGGUGCUGAUAAUUCCAGGGUUGCAAGUUUGAUCCCCGUAUGGGAUAGCUGAUAUUUCUGCGUUACAGGGAGUUGGACUAGAAUGAGAGUCCCUUCCACCUCUACAAUUUUAUGAUUCUAUGGAUUGAGUCAGAGAGCAGAUCUCAACACCAGUAAUUAUUUGCCAGUUAUUGGACUGUAUUUUAGGUGGGUUAGCCUUAGGAUUUUAAAAAUAUAUGCAUUCUCUUUUAAACCUGCCCCCCCAUGCUGAUAACUCCCUCUUGUUUCUCAAUAGUCUAUGGGCAUUUAGAGGGGUGAGCAGCAGUGAGAGAAUGUAUUCCCUAUCAUUAUAAUGGGAAUAUCAACUCAUGCCAGAAGUUGAUGAAAUUUGCAGGCACAGUAGCCCCAUUUAAGGAGAUGAAGUCUGCCAGAUUUCAGAUAAAUAGGUGCUUUGAGUUUGUUUCAAAGGGUUGCCAAACUGGCUUCAUGGACAAUUUGCAUUGACAUGACAUACUUUGUAGAUGCGAUCCAAUAUAAGUUUCUUUUAAAAAUCUCAGAAAGCUAAGUGAGUAAGUUAAUGAGUUACAAUGGAUUAAAUAAGAGUAUUUGAGGCUUUUAAAUUUGUUUCCUUUUCAAAAUUGGCACUGGAGUUUCUGUGCAAAGUUAAUUAGGACAAAAGUAGAUAUACGGACAUGUGACAGAGGUAGGACUUGAACAUCCAGCGUUUCAAGUAAGCACCAAGCUCUUAUGCACAAGAGUAAGGUGGGACGUAUGUGCACCGCUAUUGGUAUCAGCCACUGUCACCUUAUCAGAGAGGUGGUCUAAGUAUUUCUGGAGAUAGAGAAACCGAGGGUUGUAUGUUUACUAGGCACAGUGGCUAGAUCACUGUGGAGGAAUAGAGCACUCACUGCAACAUCAGGGUUGAGAUACUGCAUGGAAAAGAGUACAGGCAAACAAUGACAGCAAGAUACAGCAGGAGUGCUAGAUAUGCCUGUGAUUUGACAUUCCCAAUAUACAGGAAAGGUUUUUUUAAAAAAAAACCCUCAUGGUUGCCUCAACAGUUUGAAAGCCACUGUUUUAAUGGGGAAGAGAAUGCUGGGGGGGGGUGGCGGCGAUACAGAAUGCAAGCAUUUAGAGGUGUGUUUUUGCAGUUGUAGUCAGCUUUUCAUUUUCAUGGCACUUUCUUAAGAGUGCUCAUUUCUUUUGCAGCCAGAAUAGUCUUUUCUCUUCUGACAUUGUUAAUAGUUGCACUGUUAAUAGUCAGUUACAAGUUUUCUUGGUAUUUUUGAGUGUUCAGCUUAUUCUACCUACCUAAAGCUCAUACAUGCUCUUAAUCUAUUCAAAUCAAUGUGUCUUUUCUAUUGUGAUACAAAAUAAUUGUUGGUUUCACGUUGCAGUCAUUUUCUCAUUUAUUUUUUUUUGAAACAGUGAUUAUUAACACAGUAAAUUAAUAUAACCCACGAGUAAAGUGCAAAUGUUUACAGAGGGUGCCUUCAUGUAAACAGUUGCAUGUGCAAAUGUUUAUUUGAUACCUGGAACCCAGCGCAACUUGGGGCUCCAGGUUUCAUCAAAGUCUCUACAUGUACAGAUGUACACAGAUAGACUUCUUCCAUACAGAUAUGCUGUAUGUGUGGGUGUCAGGUGAAGGUUAGCUGACAUGUGCAAUGCAGAUGUGGCCCUACUCACACAUUAAUCUCUGUAAAUGUCUGAAUAGGGCUAUGGUUUCAUGAAUCUUCAGGUGAAAUGACUUUAAAGGUGCUUUUAGUCUGUGAAACAAAUCAGUGCCUUGGACAACAGGCCAUGCUGGAGUCUUUGGGAUCCCUGGUUUUUUGUGGGGGAUCUAUCUGAAGGAGACACUAGGAAGUUGGUAGUGGUGGGUCAAGGCCUUUUCUCCCAAUUUCUUUCCUUGACUGGGUAAGGUGGAAGAAUGCUAACCAACUUCCAUAUAAUAGAUACAGUGUUGGUGGCUAUGUGGAAUGGAAUGCUUUAUGCGGGUCCAGCUAACAUGCGAAGGGGGUCUGGAACAUAUUCCCCACGCAAAAUGAGGAUUGCCUGUAUUACCUUCAGCUACAAGGAAGAAGUAAUAGGGUUUCUCCUCUUGAAAACUAGCAGAGCUGUGUUAUGCAUGUCUGCAGUCUCCUUGUGUCUGGAACAGAGACUGCUGUUCCUUAAAGUUCCAUGACAGCUGCCCACAUUACUAGGGGCCAUAUCCAGCCUUCCACGUCCACUAAUGCAAGAACUCUUGCACCAGCAGAAGACAGAGUUUAAAGGUAAUCAAAUGCAACACUUACACUAGUGGAAAAUUAUUACACAAUAGUGGAUUCUUGUUGUGCAUUCUGUUGCACAACAUCUUAUUAUUAUUGUGCAAUCCAUUGUACAACAGUCUUUGGUUAUCUACCUGUGUUUUGUUUUGUGCAACAACUUUCCACCAGUGCUACAAUAACUUAGUACGUACUACAUUUUGACAAUAAUUUCAUACUACAUUGGAAACAACUUUAGGAUUGGAUAAUCAAUUAACACUUUCCAUUCGUUAAACAGGAUGGCUUCAUAAUGGCAGUAAGUUGCAAAUGAUCAGUAAUUUGACUGAAUCUUAGAUAAGGUGCAGAUGUUUAUACGGAAUGAGGUGUAAUUGGAUAGUCAUGUAUGUUGCAAAAAAAGACCAAGGCGUAAUAGUGAAUCACAUGUGGAACUGAACUACUGAAGGUAUUUGGAAUAAGACAAAUGCACUAUAUGUAUUUCUAAUGUAAGCUUUAUAUCACUCUCUAUACUAUUUUUGCACUAGUUUGUUAUUGUGCUGUUUUCAGUGGAUCUUUCCCAAAGUUCUAAAGGCAGGGGUGGAAGCAGGAAGAAAAAAAGGGGACUUGUGUCUGUAGUAAAUUAUUUUGGGGGGGUUUGAGGCUGGGGGUGUGGGAAGGGUAUCUCUGUGUGUGACAGUUUUAGUCCUUUGGUGACAGACUGGGGAGAAGAGAGAGCCGGAACUGAGGAUGGGGCAAGUGGAAUUGGGGGUAAAGAUCGCAUUCAGAGGAAUAGGGAAGUGUAUGGGCAGUAGGGAGGAAGGUAGGCUGGGUGCGUGUGAGAGAGAAAGAGACAGAGAAUGUGUGUUUUAGGCAGUGGCAAUACCAGAAAAAAAUUAUGGGGACAGGAGGGGCAAAGUAAAUUUCCAGGUGGGUGAGUUGUGUCCUACAUGUUAAGAUACCUGAAAGAAAGAUAUCAGUUUAUGUUAAAGAGAGGAGUCCAGCAAUGGGUGGGAAGUAGAGGGAGGGAGAAACUAGUUUGGGGAAAGUCUUUUGCCCACUGACCCCCUCUGGCACUGCUCAUGGUUUUAAGGAUCUGGUAAUAAUAAGAAUAACAACAAUAAUAAUAAUAAUUUAUUUAUAUCCCGCCCUCCCCAGCCAAAGCCGAGCUCAGGGCGGCUAACAUCAAUGGUAAUAGGCAGAUGGAAGCAAAUUGGGUUGAAGAGGGCAUUUUCAGUGCUGUGGAGGAGCAAGAGGAUUGGGAAAAAAGAAGGGGAAAAUGCUAGUGUCCCUCUCUUCUCACCAUACUCAUUUUUCUCCCUCUUCUAUUACUCAGCAGCCUCAUAUGGGAGAGAUAAAGGAUGUGGAGCUCUUACGUAUUCCACAGUACAGUGGUACCUCGGGUUACAUACGCUUCAGGUUACAUACGCUUCAGGUCACAGACUCCGCUAACCCAGAAAUAUUACCUCAGGUUAAGAACUUUGCUUCAGGAUGGGAACAGAAAUCAUGCUUCAGCGGCGCGGCAGCAGUGGGAGGCCCGAUUAGCUAAAGUGGUGCUUCAGGUUAAGAACAGUUUCAGGUUAAGAACGGACCUCCGGAACCCGAGGUACCACUGUACUCCCAAAAUCUACCAUGUGUUGUCUUCAACGUGAAAUUCCAGAUUCAGUGUAGUAAAACAGAUGUUUUAUUAACAAGCAAACACCCAGAUAACGUAGAACAUCCAUUGACUGAAGUUAACUUUCUCUAACUGAACUAACUAACGGAUAUUAACAUUAAAGAGACAGUAACAUAUAUCAUCCUAGGGUGUGUGUACAAAGGGGUCUGUAGAAUAGAAGAAAGGAGGAGACAUGGAAAUGGGGGGUAGUCUGUGUGCAAAGGACAGUUGGAAAAAGGUCGGUAGGAAAAAGGGGGUUAGGGUGUUAAUGGAGUGUAUGCAAAAGUAGUUGCAAAUAGGGAAUAGGAGGCAUGGAUGUGGGGGUGAAGAUGAAAGGGGAACACACAAGGGGUUGCAAAAUUGGAGAAGAUGAUGGCUUCAUAAUUGGUUAGAAGGUGAAGAGGGUGCUUAGUAGCUGCAGGUUACCAUAAGGGUGGCAACCUAUUACAAGCUAACCUGAUAGCUGGCCUUUAGCAAACGGCAACUUAAAUUAUUAUCUUAAACACCUCCUGACUAGAUGCUUGAUCUAAAAUUAGGAUUCAUAAUUGCAUUCUGACUUUCACCAGUGGCCGUAAGUUUCAUGCUCUUUUGAUGUCUGUAUGUAGAGGUGAAAUAAGGUGAGUGUGUUAAUGCUGUUUGGAAUAUAUUUCCCCUGAGGCACUAACUAAUGCUUUAUUUGAUGCAUUCUGUCGCUGAAAUAUGAACUGUAUUUCCACUCUGCAGAGCAUUCCUGGUAGAAUUAAAUUUUAAAAUCACUGGGUGGAAUUCAACAUCAUGCUAUUUUAAAUGUUCCACUUGCGCAAGCCUAUCAGCUUGUCAGAUGGAACAACCUCCCCGUGCACACUGUUCUGGGGGGUUUUCUGAUACCCCCCCAAGCCAAUUUCAGGGAGAGAAAGGGGGAAACCCUGCUGUACAAGCAGAAGCCUUUCUGCUGAUGGGGUUUGUUUGGUGAAUCCUGGCAGCUAUGUCUGUCAAAGGUCAUGCUUGCCUAACAUACUAAGCCAAUGGUUCCCAAUUAGCUAAUUACGGAGGACCCCAUUACUGCAAAGCAAUUUUUUGAACAAAAUGAUAUCUGGUUUUCAGCAUCAUGAUAUAUCAGCAGCUAAACAUUGCAAUAUUCCUAUAUAUCACAAUGUCUGAAAUUGGAGAUCAGGCGUGGGGAUGAGGGAAGGAACAGUCACAGAGAUCAGGUGUGAGGGGGGAGAGAGAAAGUGAGACACCUCCACCACAUGGUUUGAGUGAGAGGGGAUGGGGAUGGGGGAUGCAAGUCUACUGUGGCUGCUGCUGCUUUCCUGCUGACUGAGAAAAGCUGCUCCGCCUCAGUGCCAGGGGAAGGUAGUGCCUUGAAGUGAGGGCGAUCAGCUGCCCUGUUCUCCCUCAGCAUGAAGAGAAGGCAGCGCUUUGCAAUCGGCUGCCCUGUUCUCCCUUUAUAUUGCUAUGUAUUGCCUGCUCAAAAUAGUUGUCGCAGUAUGAUUUCAAAAUCGAUUUUGGCCAAUAUAUAUUUAAAAUUGCAGUUUGUUAAAACAGACCAUAAAAUUUGUGAUAUCACCAUGCAAAAUGACAAAAAAAAUGUUUUUUGGGGAGGAGGCAAGGGAUGGGGACGCGCACCCCCUGGGUGUGUUCCGUGGACCCCUAUUUGGGAACCACUGCUCUAAGCCAAACCACAGUGCAAAUGUGCUGGCUCCUGAGGAGGAGAUCAAGCAGUUUUGCUUUCCCCCAGGCAUCAUAGGUUAGUGCAGUAGCUUAGCAUGUAUCCAAAACAAGGAUUUUGGUAAAGGUUUCUGCAUAACUCCAAUCUGUAGCCAAGAUUUGUCCUAUGGUUAUAGGUUGUCAUUAAAGAGGAGGUAAUGUAACCAUGUUUCUGGAUUCAGAUGACACACCAAGCCAAACUUUAGCUUUGCUGCUGUCCCACAUUGGCCUAAAAUACCCAAAGAAGGCAAAGCAGGUGUGAACUCCUAGCUGUGAACCAGCAUGUUUGCACAGUCCCAGUAUGUCAUACUCUGGCUCGCUGUGAGAUGUGAAUCAGACCAGUGUUAAAUACCACUCUCAUUGUAUGUCUGCUGAACUGUACAUUUAACCAGAGGAGAAUGGCAAAGUUAAUAUACAUUUUCUGCCUUGCUUAGAUAGGAUGUGUGUGUUGCUUGUGUUUUCUAACCAAAAUCUUCUUCACAUCUUCCCACAGUAUAUAAAUCUCCAGAGUAUGAAUCCCUUGGAUUUGACUUGACAGUUGAACGGCUAGUAUCAAUUGGGUACCCUCAAGAGCUGCUUAGUUUUGUCUAUGAUCCUACAUUCCCUACCAGGUAAAUAAUUGUAAGCUACAAAAAUAUGUAUAUGCCACUUACUGGUUUGUUUGUUUUUAAAGUGACCUAUUUUUAGCAUGCUGUUGUUCAGUAAUACAUAAGCAGAUUUAAUUGCACGAGGUUCUUGCUAGUUGAAGUGGAUUUGUCAGCAGAGAAUUUGUCUUAAGAAACCCAGUGGUAAAUGUAUUGGAAGUGAAAUGCAUACCAGGAAAACCUGAACAUGGUUAGAAACCGGGGAAAACAACCCCUAAUUUAUGCAAACAUGAAUUUCAAUUAAAUUCUGGGUUGCUUAAAAAGUCCUGCAUUAAACUAUUUGAGGCAGAAUAUUUGUAGAUACGUAUAAAAUAUGUAAGGCUUGGCAGAUUUUCUUUAGGCAGUUCCUUAUAUGUACUAAGAUUUUCCUGUGUUUCUGCCCACAAGGCAGCACCUCUUCACAUUUAUGUUAGAGGUAGCUCCUAAGUUCCCCUUGAGUUUUGGGAGAAGCACACUUGCCAACCCUGGGAUUCUUUUUAAAAAAGAGCCCACAGAAGUUGUGAUGCAUGUGUGGAGCUUUCCACACUUCUGUCUUGCAUUCCGGCCAGUUUUUGCAACAGAAGCAUUGUUGAAACAUGCCAGUGAGUUUAGCAAAAGCUGAAAGGAAUGCAGAACUAUUUAUGGAAUGAUUUAGGAAAAAAGUCAACAAAUUUUGGCACCUUUAGUAGACCCAAUUCACAUGUUUACUUUUCUUGUAGUGAUCACUUGUAGUGAUCUUUGCAAGGCUUUUUCAGAAAGUUAAGCAACAGAGAAAUUCAUUCACAGUUCAUUCUGUAACAGCACAAAAUUAGCAUGUGAAUUGAGCUUUAGUAAGUGGGCCAUUAAGGGGCAAAAUGGCAAGCCCAUUAUGCUGAUACAUACACAAAAUUUGUUGUAUAUUUUUGUUUUAUCCAGUCAUUGCAAAUGCUUUUGAAAAUUAUUAGUGGUACAGUAGAAUGUGGGCAAGGGUUGGGGGGAAAAGUGACCUAGGCUCAUUGUGAAGCACUGCCACUACUAUUUCACCACCUUGGACAGCUUAGGCUAUCUUCACUGAUGAACAUGCUUAGAGCUGUUUAUGUUUGCCCUUCCAAAACAGGCUAAUAAAUCUUGGUACAGGCAAGCAGAGUCACUUUGAAGCUUGUUCUAAAUCUACUUGGGUUUCUUCUUACUUGUAAGGGCAUUUGCUGACUUUAGAACAAUUAGCACAACAUUUUAUUUAACUACUUACACAGGAAUGUGCAUGGAAUGAGUGGGCUGACAGAGGAGGGAUAGAUUGCGCUAUCCCUUUCCUGCCAUCUUGAUCUGCUUCCAUGCUGCUUCCUUCCUCCCUGGCCAGCAAUGAAAUCAAGUAAUCUGGCAGGGAAUGAGAACAAGUUAUCUAUCACUUCUCUGUUGGUGCAUUGUGCUUCUGUGCUGGAUGUGCAGAAGGCGAAACUGCUUGCAUAGAAACAGUAUGUGCUGGACGUGAUAGGAGAGCGCAAUUCAUUCUUUCACUAUCAGGCUGCUCUGCAUCUGGAAUGGAUGCACAGCGGGGGGGACGGACCCUUCUGCAUGUUCAGCACAGAAAUCAGGUAUGCUGGAAGUAGUGACAGAUUGAUCCAUCGCCCAGUCUUUAGUCCACUGUGCCGGACAUGCAGGAGAAAAAGCAUUUUCCUGCACUCUCAACAUAGAAACUAAUCAGGCUAGCAGAGUAGCCAGGGAUCAUUACACUUCUCAUCUACCAGCCUGCUGUAUUUCUUGCCAGCAACAUUUUUUACUGAUAAGAAAUGCUGGUGAAAGGGAAACCAGCCCCUCUUAGGAAUAAAAACUUUUAUAAGCUAGUAACUUUUGGAAAUUUAUGAACAAGGUUGUAUUAGCAUUUGAGGUUACUUGGUAUGGCUGUUGCUUCCUUGCUGUCUCACAUUCAGGGCCAAACUACACAUUGCCGCAGACAUGGGCCAACCGCCAAAAACUGUCUCCCUGAAUCAUGUUCUCACCUCUCUCCUCUGAAUGUGCAGUUUCACUUACCUGAAAGUGAAACUAACAAUGCCAUGCAUUUCCUCUCUGCUGUGCCAAGCAGCAGCUAGUGAUGUGGAGUGGGGGCAGAGAAGCACACCAUGUGACAAUGUCACAUUGUGGGUAAGUGGAAAAAAUUAUAAAGAAAUGGGAGAGAGGGAAAAUGUGACAUGGAAAGCUCUUUCUAAGGAAGUAACCACUGUGCAAACUUGGUAGACGGGCAACUUUCCUCAAGGGAAAAGAGAAGUGGUGACUGAAAGUCUUAACUGCCACUUACUCACUGGCAAGAGGAUUGCUUGGAGCCAAACUAAAUAAUCCCUAUGUGAAAAGGGUGGUGAUGUCUUAAGGUGUUAGAGGCAUGAGUGAUGAACUCUUCCUCCAUUUGCCAUUUGUGUUCCAGCAGUCCUUCUCCCCAAACUCUUUUCAUAUAGCUUAGCUGAGAAGUUCUACAUUCCUCAUCUCCUACAUUCCACACCUCCUUUCCAUGCAGUUAGGACAUUCACACACAGAGAACUGCCUUAGUUUUGUUUAGUUUUUCCUGUUUACUGUAGCAAAAGCACAUCUCGUGUCAACUAACCUUUUAUAAAGUUUAGUCCAAAAGGUUUUAGUCCUUUAAAGGAAUAGUAAUAAAUAUAUAACACUUGUAUUAUACAGUUCACAGUGAGUUCACAGUGCUUCACAAACAUUCUCUGAGUAGUCUUCUAACAAGCAGGUAGGGUGGACAGUCUGAUGUUGAGGUGAUACUUAGUUUUAAACAAGACAAGUCUGAUUUGACAGAAUUUUUUGUCCAAUGAGACUUCUGCCAGCUCCAGUUAUGUAGUUACUCUUCUUGGUCAGUUGGGUAGGUGGGAGAACUAAGGUUUUUAUUUUUUUUUAAGCUAUGCACCUGUGCCUGCUGAUUGUGUAAUUCAGCUUUUUUGUUAAGAUAAAUGAGCUAAUGAUAAGAAAAGAGAUCAAUUGUACAUUUGAACUGGGCAAUGCAGACUAUUUUUUCCUCUGCAGCUAAACAAAAGUUCAAUGGGACUCUGUCAGCAAAGUGUCCUCCUUAGGGUCAGAUUCUAGUUUGGACAGAACAUGAUAGAACUGGCUCAGGUAUGCCAUUCCAAUAGACUAUCUUUCAAAGUCUUGCUGUCCACUGCUUGGUAUACCAUGCUUAUAUCAAUCAAUGCACUUCUUUAUUAAUAGAGGCCUGGUAUUUGAUUCCCUUUAUGGAAAUUUGCUGAAAGUCGAUGCCUAUGGGAACAUCCUAGUGUGUGCACAUGGCUUUAACUUCAUGAGAGGGUAAGUACUGUGAAUAUAGGCAGUUCACAUAAGGAAGGCUGCAAUCUGUAUGUACAACAGGGGAUGGUAUGUUCCACUGAACUUGGUAGAAACUUUGAAUUCAUAUAUAGAAUUGGGGCUUUCAGGGAUCACCUAUGCUGUAACAUUUCCAAAUCCUUAUGCAGGCCAGUUUUUCUUACUUUGGAGUCUUAUAAAUUCUAAUGACUUCAGAAACUUGGUUAACCUUUGGAAACUAACUUAAGUGAAAAUGGAAAAAAUGCAUACAAACCUGGUUCAGAUGUAACAAUCUCACCUCAGUGCAUCAGUUUACUGGGCCAAGAACAAGCUUUGUGCCCACAUAUUUUCUUCUUGGCCCUUGAAUGCACAACUUUGUUAAACUAAUUUCUUGUGAUAUCCAAACGGGACAACUAUGGUUUAAGUGUUGUUUACAAAUCAUAAUAUGAGCUGGGACUAGACCAUUUUGAGCCCAGCUAUAGGAACAUAGGAACCUAUUAUACUGUGGUCUAUCUUGACUGGCAGUUGCUCUCCAGAAUUUCAGGCAGAAGUUUUUCUCAGCACUACCUGAAAAUGCUGGGGAUUGAACCUGAGAUUUUUUGCAUGCAAACACAUGCUCUACCACUGAGAUGAUGAUGAUGAUGAUGAUGAUGAUGAUGAUUCUGCCUUUUAUCAAAAGAUCUAAGGGUGGUGUACAACAUUAGAAACACAUUACAGAACAUCAGUGAUAAAAACAUAAUAAAAAGCACAAUCGGGGAGCCACCACAGAAGAGACCCGUUCUCUUGUUGCCACCCUCUGAACCUUUCUGGGAGGGCAGACAUAGAGAAGGGCCUCAGAUGACAAGCGCAGGGUCCAGGCUGAUUUGUAUGGGGAGAGGCAGUCCUUAAGGUAUUGAGGUCCUGAGCUGUGUAAGGCUUUAUAGGUAAACAGGAUCCAUUUCAGUAGUCUGUCUUUGGCUGUAUGAUGACCUGAAAUCUUACUAAACAUUGAAACAUUGCUGCUGCUACUUCUUUUUAUGUAGAAUAUUAUGUGUGAAUUGUACAGAGUUGUUGAUUGUUAGUUGCAUGCUGUCCAAAUGAAACACAAUUCUUGUUUUGUUUUGAUCACCCCAGUGCUUGAAUUCUUCUGCGAUCAGUUGAGCAAGCAAGAGCUGGAGGGAAUAGGCUCCUCUCUAUGGAUGAAGUUGUGUGAAGUAUCGCAUUUUGCUGUAGUAGAAAAGAAGCCAUAUUAUAUUUAUUUCAGUGUUCUCAUUGAAACCUUUCCUUGAAUCCCAACAUUUUAGGAGAUCUUUCUCAUUGGUCUCAUUGGUCUUAUUGACCCAGUAGGAGGUAACAUAGCUGUUUAGAGAAACUGUUACGAUUAGACAUCAUUAAUAGGCAUAUUCCCUUGUCCCUUACCUUUUUCAGGCCAGAUAUCCGAGAGCAGUACCCUAAUAAAUUCAUCCAGAGAGAUGACACUGACAGGUUUUACAUUUUAAACACACUGUUCAACCUACCAGGUGAGACCUUAAACUCUAAUGGGGAUGGUGGGGAUUGUGUCAUGACAAUCCGUAGGUAUAUUACUGUUAAUUUCAAAUGACAAAUUAGGAAUGUCAUUUUGGUUUAGAUUAAUUACAUGAGUGUCUCUUUAUCUAGUUCUUCAUUUAAUGUAUAUUCUUUGCUUCUUUGCAGAGACUUACCUGUUGGCUUGUCUGGUUGAUUUUUUUACGAACUGUGAUAGGUAUUCAAGGUGAGCAUGUGUGUCAUGUGUUAUAUGAAAUCCAACAUGUGACGCUAUAGCCAUCAUUGUCUCUCAUUGCAAGUGUGCAAGGACAAAUUCAAAUCUUCUUAUCUGUAGCUUGAUGACAACAGCAACCACAAGUACUUUAGGGAUUGUUUAUGUUGGUAAAGUUGGUGAUUUAAACCCUGGCAGGGCUCACAGGGUCCAUCAUACACAGGUGAAUAUGACCAUUUAGCACAAGAGUGGGCUACCUUUUCAGGGAUUAGAAGUUGGGGUGAUGGAGUGGGUGGAGCUACUCCUUUUCUCUGUUCAUUUGUACAUCCGUUCACAUGUCCCUCUCCCACACCCAGCUCCCUUCUUCUGAAUCUUCAGCCCCUCAACUUCAUCUAGCCAUCAUCCAUGUAUGUUCAUUCUCUCUUGCAUGCAGAAACAUGUACCAACCUAGAUUCAGGCAUACACACAUCCUGCCUAUACCUUUAUCUCAUCCCAUUUCCUGCCUGGUUUGGCCUCUGAGAACAGAUGCCAUGCUGAUUAGACAGGAAAUGAGAUGAUAUAUCUAUUCAUGAACUGGCACAAAACAUACAAGCAAGAAUCCACCUAACAUUAGUGGGAUUAAGGUUUGGUUGCUUUCAAUACUAUCAAUGUAGCUAUAACUACUGUUGGUGUUUCCAGUUGUACGGUGAUUCCCAGGCCUUAUGCACCCUCCUUACUAGCUGCUAACCUACUUUUACAACAAUUCCGUGCUUUUUUCCUUUUUUCUCACAGCUGUGAAACAGGGUUUAAAGAUGGAGACCUCUUCAUGUCCUUCAGAAGUAUGUUCCAAGAUGUGAGAGAUGCUGUGGAUUGGGUUCACUAUAAGGUGACUUGCACUUUGGGAUAUUUUUUUAACCGUAGUCUGUUUAAUUCUUAACAUUUUGAAUAAAUUAUAGUGUGAGUUGAACACUGUUAUAUUUGCUUUGGCAGCCAGUGAAUAAGUAUCUUCCUGACAGUAAGAGCUGUUCGACAGUGGAAUUUGCUGCCAAGGAGUGUGGUGGAGUCUCCUUCUUUGGAGGUCUUUAAGCAGAGGCUUGAUAACCAUAUGUCAGGAGUGCUCUGAUGAUGUUUCCUGCUUGGCAGGGGGUUGGACUCGAUGGCCCUUGUGGUCUCUUCCAACUCUUUGAUUCUAUGAUUCUAUGAAAUGCCAGCUAGCAUGCCCAUCAAUAUGACUGGAAAGGGGGGAUUGGUAAACAGGGAUGAUAAUUCCUUCUAUCACCACCAUCCUGCUGCUUACUUUCAUCCCCCUCCUACUCCUCCCCUCCGCUCUUGACAAGACAGGCUGCUGCUGCAAGCCAUCUUAAAAGUAAUCACUGUUUCACUUUAUUAUAUUUAUGCUAUUGUUUUCCCUUCCAAGGAGCAGUUUCAUGUGUUUUCAGGUGAUAACUCAUCCGCACAUUGCACAGGAAUCACACCACCCCUUUGCUUCAGCAACUGAACUCUGUCACCAUGUGUUUUCUGAACUAUUCUGUUUUGCACUUCGAGUUUACUUCAGAAUAUACUUAAUUACAGUGCUUCAAUGGCAUCUUGUCCCAUGUGUUUGUUUCUCAUAUGGUGAAUGAGCCACAGGGUUCUCCACCCCCAGGUUGAACCUAUCCAAUGCUAAUCUCAUGACACAUGAAACUCCACAAAUAACUUUCUGCCUCUAGUGUCAGUGGUGCAUCUUUCUACAGUACGAUGACAGCAUGGAAGCUGAUACUGUAAGGCGAAACCUGACUAAGAUUGCUAGAUCAUUACUUCUGCUGUGUCAUGUGGUUUCUCCUGUUGUUUCAGGGAUCACUGAAGGAGAAGACAGUUGAGAAUCUGGGGAAGUAUGUAGUGAAAGAUGUAAGUACGUCAAGCCUUUCCUUAUUGAAAGUCGACCAGUCGGUUUAUUUCAUGCAGUCUUAAAAUGAUAAAAAAACAGAAUGGAAAGUUCAAACUCCCUUGUUCACAAUUUUUUUUUUUAAAAAAUAGCCAUUAAGUGAUGUUAUUGUUGCUUCAGCAAAUUUUGCCUUUUUUGAUGAAAAAUAAUUUAGUACUUCCUCUUUAUCUCCCUUUUUUUAAUGGAAUUCUAAGCACCCGAACUUCAAGCAGGGGCAGUUGGUUUCCCCACCCCCACAAUAUAUGGAGUAGUAAGAGAGUGCAUGUCACAAUAGAUAUGUGAAUAUUCCAAAGCAUCUUCCAUGUCUUGAUAUCUUGAGGGGCAUAAAGUUAAAAUUGUGCAUUUUGUAUUUCUUUAGAGGGAUUCCUUUGAUUUUCACCUAGCAUGGGAUACUUUCUGUUUCCACAUAAUGCUCAUGCUACGUACUCACAGCACAUCAAAGUGGCAUUUUGUUCUAAAAUUAGUAAAGAGUCCUUGCUGCCUGCAGUCUCUCAUUUUCAAAUCAUCAGGUUUCUGGUUACAUAUUAUAGAACAGCUUUCAACAUUUCAGUUUUUUUAAAGUAUAUUUUAAUACUUGGUCAAAUAGGACGUUAGUACAAAUUAUAAGACAUGACUAAGAUGCAGAAUUUCAGUUCACAGCUGAGGCAUCUAGGAUUUUAGAAGACAUUUUAAUCAGGCUGAAAUAUUCAUUUGGCAUUGUUUAAACUGGCAGUAUGUACAGAUAGCCUGAGAUAUUUAUAGACCCCCCUGAAGGUAUGGGCUUCAACUGAAAACUGUAUUUUAUGUAAAUCUUUGCCAUUUUAGGGGAAACUGCCUCUGCUUUUGAGCCGCAUGAAUGAGGUGGGAAAGGUGUUUCUUGCCACAAACAGUGAUUAUAAGUACACUGAUGUAAGUACUCCUGUAACAUAAGAAUCUUCCUCCAUCAUUCAUUCAUUCAUUCAUUCAUUUAGUGUCUCAUAUAUGUUAGGUGUCAUAUUUUGAAUUUCUAUCUUGGAUUAGGGUGAGCAACCUCAGUCCCGGGAGCUAAAUGCAGCUCUGUAGGCCUCUCUGUCCAGCCUUCUGGCCUUUCUCCAGGCCAUGCCUCCUUUCCUAGGUUAUGCCCGCCCCCUUCCUCUGAACUCUCCUCAAGUGCUUUUGCCUGGCUGGAAGGUGCCCUUAAGCUGUGAUGAUGUCUCUUGCUUGUCUGGAUGGAUUCAUAUAUGAGUGUUGAAAUCUGUGUGACUGGAAUGUGGCAUGCAUUACAACAGUAAGUUACAUCCAUUGUUUUUACUUCCGGCCACACCCACCACUGGUGUGAAGCCCUCAGAAGUUUCCAGAUGAAUGAAUGUGGCACUCAGUCUGAAAAAGUCUUCCAUCCCUGCCUCAAAGCAGAGCUGGGGAACCUUAGGCUCCUCAAGAUGUUCUGGACUACUACAACUCACUGUUUCUUACCAUUGGCCAUGCUGGCUGAGGCUGAUGUUCAACAACAUCUACAGAGCCUUAGGUUCUCAAAGCCAGCUGUAGAGAAUUAGAUAAGCUCAGUAUAAUGAAAGCAUGAGCUGGAGGCACCAAAGAUUCUCCUUGAAUCUUGGUUGCUAAUUUAAUGAUUCCUUGUACCUAGCAAUGUGUCUGUAAUUUAGUCUCCCAAGUUUUUGGGUAGUGGGGGAAGAAAUAUUUUUUAAAGACCUUCUGUUUAUCAUAAAAUGCAUGUUUUUUUAGAAAGCCAUGAACAAAUAUACUGGGAAAUCCCCAUGUUAAUAUGACUGCAGGACCCUCCUGUAUUCUGUGACAAUGAACUUUUGUUCUCCAAUCCUAUGAACACUUGCUUCAGAGUAAGUUCUACUGAACUCGCUUCCAAAUUAACUGUACAUAAAACUGAGGUGUGUAUCUUGCAGAGCUGCAUAUCUGUCAGAGCUGGAGACAUGCCUUUUGUUGUCAUGAAAAUCCUAAAAAUAACAUCAUAGGGUUCUGGAAUGUUACUUUAAUUCUCACAAUGCCUGUUCUAGAUUUGUAUAUCUGAAGACUAUUUGUAUAUUUAAAUGUAUUGUUUAAACAUAAUUAAUAAAAUAGUUAAUUUAUCCAGAAAGAAAUUAAGUCUUGCUCCCAAUUUGCGUUUCAGAAAAUUAUGACUUACCUGUUUGAUUUUCCACAUGGACCAAAGGUGAGUGAUGAAAAGUGUUAUUGCAUUGAUGAUACCUCUGCCUUCCCCAACUUGGUGUUGACCAGAUGUUUUUGACUACAACUCCCAUCCAGGGUUGGAUGAGAGCUGGAUUCCAAAAAUCUGGAUGGCACCAGUUUGGGGAACGCUGUGUUAGAUGGUGUAUAUUAUUUCUUCCUAAAUAAAUCAAGAAUAGGAGUCAAGUCUUUGUUGAUGGGGACUGAAGAAACCAGAUAGUUAUUUAAUUUUCUAUUUGUAAAAUUCAGCCUUUGGAGGCAUGGUGUCAAAUGCCUUAUUAUUUUUAUUGGAGAACAGGUGGAAAUAAUUAAAGUCGGCUUUGAUAUGCCUGAUAUGCAGCUUCUAGAGGUCACUAGUGAUUAAAAAACCCCACUGAAUUUUCAAAUCAAAGGCAUUUACUUCCACCGGUGGUGUUUGCCUGUCUGCACUUGCUUGAGUAGAAGUUGCUUGCUCAGAUACAAGGAAUUGCCACUUAGCCACAUAUCCACUAAUGCAUUAUAACAGUGCUGCUGAAAUCCUUCCACGUAUAAUUAAUAAUUUUUCAUAGCUACAAGAAAAUGUACUUUUCAAUUUUAAGGCUUGGUUAUGGGUUCAUGUACUUACUAUGUGUAGUAGAAAUCAAAAGUUUAAUAUAAAUACACAGACUGUUCCCUUUUGUCCCUUUCUCAGUUGUGGCCUCUUCUUUGAAAGCCCUGGAUGUUCUGCAGUAAUUGAUAAAUGCCUGGAUCUUUGUAUUAAUAUUAGUAGUAGUGAUAUAAUUGCUAACUUUUAUUUAAAUUAUGAUUAAACGGUAUAUAAAUCCAGUUAAACAAAAAAAAAUUUAAAAUAUCUGAUAAUUUUCCUUUCCCGCAUUGUUAGGAUUCUCAGGUAUAUUUACUGAAUUGAAGUGUUGGGGAACUAAGAUGUUUUGUAUAUGAUGUCAGGCUACAUAUAGAAGACAGUUAUCAAUCUCUCCUGCAAAACUAAAAUAAGCCAGUUUCAGUGUGAACAAGUAGAAUUUGUACCUUUUAAAAAGAUUUUCUUCUGCUUAACUUUUCUCUAGCCUGGCAAUUCUCACCGGCCAUGGCAAUCAUACUUUGACCUCAUCCUUGUGGAUGCGCGGAAACCUCUUUUCUUUGGAGAAGGCACAGUCUUGAGACAGGUGGAUACGGUGAGUGAUACAUAGAAUAUAUAGUUAGGCUUGACUGGAGGAAAACCUGGGACAGUUUAUUUCAAUAAUUAGAACAUUAGUGCUAAAUUCAUAAGCUCUCUACUUUGAAAUUCAUUGAAUACUUGGAAUAUGUGUUUCUAGCUAUUUUUGGGUUACCUGAAUCAAAUAGAAAGGAAAUAUGAGAAGGAGCUGUGUUCUUUAAAUAAAAAUACAGCAUGUUUUUUGAGUGCAUCAUUAAAUAUUUCAGCUAGAUGUACUGAGUGGAAUUAAAUUAAGAACAGCAUCAUAUUGAAAAUAUAUGGAGCCUAAUAAUGCUGUGUUUCAUUAGAUCAGUUUCACUGCAAUUGCUGGUUAUCUAAAAAAUUCACUGUGGCUGCAACAUAACCACCUGCUUUGUCAUUCUGUGGGACUGGUCUUUAUUGGGAAUCUAUUAGGGUUUUAGCUGAAUCUGUGCUAUUGAUAACUUGUUGGCCCCAACAAAAUUCUUAGCUUAAGCCUGACCUAUAGGCAGAUUCAACUGGCUCAUAAAAGGCAACCAACACUUUAACUGUAAAAUUUGGAAGUAAAGCUUUAAGCAGGUUUUUGUAGCAUCUGUAUGCAGGCCAUGCAAAAGGGUUGUACGGAAUAUGCUUCUACCAGACUAACUUCACUGUUUUCACCUGGCACAGAUACAUUUGAGGCACGAAACAAUUCCCAGUGUAAGAGUGUUUAUAGCCUCUAGGAAUAGGGGACCAGCUACAUGCCCCUAUGUCAUGCUGCUUUUAAUAAUUAAAGGGGCUGCCCAGGAAAAAUAUAGUGCAUUUGGAGUAUGCAAACACCAAUUGUGCUUUUUCCUCUGAAGCAUAUAUUGAACAGCCUUUCUACUGAUUUAUCAACCCAUUGAUCAAUAUUAAAACUGAAAAUUGGGCUGGAGAGACCUACAGUUUCAUUAAAUGAAUUUCUCUUUCUGUGCAGGUUACUGGCAAACUGAAGAUUGGUACUUACACAGGCCCCUUGCAGCAUGGUAUUGUUUACUCUGGAGGUAAAUUAGAAAUGAGACUUGUUGUUUAGUCAUUUAGUCUUGUCUGACUCUUCGUGACCCCAUGGACCAGAGCACGCCAGGCACUCCUGUCUUCCACUGCCUCCCGCAGCUUGGUCAAACUCAUGCUGGUAGCUUCGAGAACACUAUCCAACCAUCUCAUCCUCUGUCGUCCCUUCUCCUUGUGCCCUCCAUCUUUCCCAACAUCAGGGUCUUUUCCAGUGAGUCUUCUUUUCUCAUGAGGUGGCCAAAGUAUUGGAGCCUCAGCUUCAGGAUCUGUCCUUCCAGUGAGCACUCAGGGCUGAUUUCCUUCAGAAUGGAUAGGUUUGAUCUUCUUGCAGUCCAUGGGACUCUCAAGAGUCUCCUCCAGCACCAUAAUUCAAAAGCAUCAAUUCUUUGGCACUCAGCCUUCUUUAUAGUCCAGCUCUCACUUCCAUACAUCACUACUGGGAAAACCAUAGCUUUAACUAUACGGACCGUUGUUGGCAAGGUGAUGUCUCUGCUUUUUAGGAUGCUGUCUAGGUUAGAAAUGAGACUAGUGAAUCUUUAUCAGGAGCUGGGAUGGAGAUUUUCACUUUAUUCUAUUUUAACAUGGGGUUUGAAUAACUUUUGAUUUCUCCAAAACUGUUCUUCAGGCAUGAUGUUAAGAAAAAAAACAGGGAGUGAGGGAGAAGACUGGAUAUGAUUUUAAAGCCCCCCCCCCAAUGUCUGAAGUUUAAUUUGUCUUAAGUAGAGUGCCAGAUAUAUUAUGCAGAUGUAACUAGAUUAGAAUGUUUUAGGUGCAAAAUAGAUUUCAGAUUGUAUCAAAACUUACUGGAGCAAGGGAACAACAGUGGUCGUACCAUUUUAAAAAAAAUGCACUAGCAGUUACUCAGAUCUGUUUGUAAGUGGAACAUAAGAGUCCCUUGUGAAGCAGAGUCUUUAUAUUAGUGAAGAUGGAAAUUUAAUUGUAGGUGGUACAUUAGGUAAAGAGUCAACAGACGCCAAAAGUGUAAUAUAAUCUAGUAGCUGCAAGGAAUGUACCCACCUAUCCAAAGUUUGUAACCCCAAAGGUUAAGUCCCAUGGUGGUAGAUGGGUAGAUGGUAGAUCUUCCUCAAGUUUUAAGAUCCCUCUUGGUAUUUUCCAAAACUAUAUACUCAAAUAAUAUAUAGCUGUGUUGGUACUUUUGUGUAUUUGGGAUGGCAUCUAAAAUGCAUGUCUCACAUUGUCAGGGCUGACACACAUGCUACCUGAUUUGUGUAUUUUAGCAGCUUAUCCCUUUUUUUAAAAGAAAGGAAAAAAGUAAGAGGUGAUUUGAUCAUCACUUGCAUUUUAAAUAGAUAGGUCUCAGACACCUGCAGCUCAAAAAAUGUUCUGGCAGCACACAAUAUAGCAGGCUUUGCCUGAAUGGAAGACCACCUGUGAACCAUAUAUUUGUAUGCUGUAGUGUAUUUAUUUUAUACUCUGAUAUGUCUGAGUGUGCAAAAGCUGCAUUAUUUGAAAAAACCUUAUAUCUAUCAGAUUGGGAGGAGGUACAUGAUAAUAAUGGAAGUUUAUGCACUGAACCCAUGGUUUUUAUGCUGAGAAACCUUUUCUGAUUGGCCCUUCUGCCUUCCCCCUCCUCCUAUUAGGCUCCUCUGAUACAAUCUGUGACCUUCUGGGGGCCAAGGGUAAAGACAUCUUAUACAUAGGUGAUCACAUUUUUGGAGAUAUCCUGAAGUCUAAAAAACGCCAGGGUUGGAGGACCUUCCUAGUGAUUCCAGAACUGGCACAGGAGCUUCAUGUCUGGACAGACAAAAGCUGUAAGUACUGACUCUGUAGUUCAGUGGUUCCCAAUUGAUGGUAUGCGGACCUCCCGGGGGGAGGGGGGUCCAUGGUUUGGCUUUUGAAGAACAAGGUGUCUGUAAUACUUAACUGGGAACCACUGGUCUAGUUCAUUCUUCUUCACUUUUUAAUUGAUGUUGCUUGGCUUGACAGAGUAGCUGGAAAAUCACUUGGCUUGUUUCCCAUAGGUUCUUUGCAUUGCCUUUGUGCAUCAAAGACUGGGAAAGCAGCAAGUGUCUGGAUAGUUUGGUGACUUAUUUGUAGAUAGUUGGGUUUCUUUGCUUUGGACUGAGGCUUUUUUGGGGAGACUUACCACCACUGACUGCUGGUUUGAACAGUUUACAAACCUGUGGCUAUGCUACCACUUGUCAAUACGGUUGCUGACAUCUGUCAGUUAUUUAUUUCUUUAUACCCUUUUAAUUAAAAUGCUCAAGGCUGCCUACAAGAACUGUUAAAACAAAUAUUAUAAAAGCAGUUGCACUGCACUAAGUGUGUAGAAGAGUGAGGUUGAUAUUUUCAGUUGCACUUUCCAUGAAUGUUUUAGGAUCUACUGGAGAGCAAGAAAUAGAAGCUGUAACCCUAGAGCAAUUUCCCCCAGCUUCAUGCCCUCCAGAUGUUUUAGACUGCAACUUCUAGCAGUCUCAGCUAGCUUGGCCAAUGUUCAGGGAUGAUGGGAGUUGUAGUACAGCAUGUGAAAGAUACUCUGUUGGGGGAGCCUGUCCUAGACAUUGAGAGGGCAUUUGACACACUGCAAACAUAUUCAAGAGACUGUCUGCCGUGUUCCACUAUAAGAUUAUAGAUUCUGUUCUUUUUAGCCACAUGGCUGCUCCCACCAUUCACAAAGUUGAAAUAAAGGGCUAGGUCUGAAACUUCUACACCAUCUGAGUUGUCAGAUGAGUUUUAUCAAAGCAUAUAUGGCAAAAAAUGUAAGAUUGUAUUCUAAAGAGCUGUUUGACAGUGGAACAGACUCCCACAAGAGGUGGUGCACUCUCCUUGGAGGUUUUUAAGCAGAGAUGGUCAUCCAUCAUGUAUGAUCUAGUUGAGAUUCUUGCAUUGCGGGGUUUGGACUAUAUGACCUGGGGGUCCCUUCCAACUCUAUAAUUCUAUAAAUCAACAAAUAAUAAUGCAAUUUGGAAAGCAGAUAGAAUCCUCAGUCUGUUGCCAGAUCUGUUUUCCCAUAUUGUAAUAUUGUGUGAUAAGUAAUAGUCUAUGUAGUAUUUGUUUCAGCUGAUCCACUGCCAUAAUAUCCUUUUACUUUGCCUUCCCUUUGCUGCUUAGGCCUUUUUGAAGAACUUCAGAGUUUAGACAUCUUUCUCGCUGAGUUAUACAAGUAAGUAAUGGAUUUUUCUCUUUAGAAUAUAACCCAAUACUCCAUCCACUAACUCAUUAGAGGGAGUGCUUCCUUUUUAGUGGACAGCUGCACUCUGUCAAAGGGCUCCACAUUAACUUAGAAUUGGGGGUGGGGAAGAGAGUAUUGUUGUGCGUAUCAGUUUUGCCUGAUAUAAUCAACUUUUCUCAAUUAGUAUUUGCUUUCCCACAUCCACCCUCACAUCUAUCUUCCAUGUGCUCUGUUGAUAUUGUUUUUUUUCCUAUUUCAAACAGGCAUUUGGAUAGCAGCAGUAAUGAGCGUCCUGACAUCAGUUCCAUCCAAAGACGUAUUAAGGUAACUAGUAAAUGGAAUCCUGGGGAACGCGGGUGGCGCUGUGGUCUAAACCACUGAGCCUCUUGGGCUUGCUGAUCAGAAGGUCGGCGGUUCAAAUCCCCGCGACGGGGUGAGCUCCCAUUGCUCAGUCCCAGCUCCUGUCAACCUAGCAGUUCGAAAGCACGCAGUGCAAGUAGAUAAAUAGGUACCGCUCUGGCGGGAAGGUGAAAGGCAUUUCCGUGCCCUGCUCUGGUUUCGGUGUUCCCUUGCGCCAGAAGCGGCUAAGUCAUGCUGGCCACAUGACCCGGAAAAACUGUCUGCGACUGGACUUAACUGUCAGGGGUCAUUUACCUUUACCUUUUUUUAAAAACAGAGUGCUAUUUUGCUCCCUUUUCCAGUGCAGCAAUCUGUGCUAACUUCAUUAGAGGGCGAUUUGAGGGGACGGGGAGGUAAGGAGCUGGACAGGCAGUGGACCAAAAGAGGAACCUGAGAGAAGUUGGAAGAGAAAGAUACAAGACGGGGAGCUGAUAAAAGGAGGAGCUAAUGAAGUGAGAUGCUUGUUGGAAAACCUCCAUAGGGCCUAAUGGCUGAGUAAAUCUGUACUGAUAAUAAAUGAGGGGAGUGUUGGAUAGUUGUAUUAAUCAAAUAGACUUGAGUCAGAGAAACGUAAGAUGAUGAAACAGUAGGCAGAGGAAACACACUGAAGCUGCUUACAUGGCAGAUGCAGGUAGUAGUCUCCCAACCUAUUUUAAAAUGAAAAGCAGCCUUGGGGAGGUGCAGUCCUGAGCAGAGGAAUUAUAUGGGUCAUAGGGUUCAUGCUGUUGGCUCAAACACAAAACCCACACCACCACUCAUUCGCAUACUCUCUUGCAGGUUUUUAAGGCAUAAACCCCUGUAUGCCUGGAGCCCUCUUGUGUUUUGUUUGCUUAUCCUCCCCCCCCCUUUUUUGUCAAAUUCUAUUUUUUUCCCCAUCUGUCAUGUUGCUAAGGAACACAAAAACUUAUUCUAUGGUGGAAUGCUCCUGGAAGGCACCGUAUAUUGCUGGUGUUCUCACAUUUGGGACUUCCAGUUUUUGCCUCUUUACAGUCAAUGCCUCUGAUUCAGAAACUUGUGUGUGCUCUAGUGUACACAUGGUGCUCUUGCACCUGCAAUAGUUUUUAAGUAUGUAAAACUGCUCCUUCCCCGAAGUGACCAAAUGUCUAAUUUGCCUUCUCAUUUUAGAAAGUGACUCAUGACAUGGACAUGUGCUAUGGAAUGAUGGGAAGCCUGUUUCGAAGCGGCUCCCGACAGACACUCUUUGCCAGCCAAGUGAUGCGCUACGCAGACCUCUAUGCAGCAUCAUUCAUCAACCUUCUGUAUUAUCCCUUCAGUUACCUCUUCAGAGCUGCCCAUGUGCUGGUGAGUUGGAAUCCAUGAAGCUGCAGAUGAACAGUAACAACAUUCAGAGAAGUACACACACUAUCCAAGUCUGAAUAGAGCGAGGGACAUUCUAAUGUAGCUGGUAGCAUUAGACUCAAAAACUUUUUAAAUGGAUGUGGCAGAUGGCUACAUUGGGAGACACUGGCUAGGGUUAAACAAUUUCAUAAAUUUUCUGUGGGGUAACAGUAUAAUAAGUGGUAGAAGUCAGGCACUCACUGUACUAGCAUACGUGUGUGCUGUGAAAAAUGUGAAUUCCAUACUAGGGAUCAUUAGGAAAGGAGCUGAAAAUAAAAUUGCCACUAUCACAACAUUAUACAACUCUAUGGUGCAAUUGCACUUGGGCACCAUGUACAGUUGUGGUUGCUUCACCUUGAAAAGAAUAUUGUAGAGUUGUUAAAAGUUACCAGAAAAAGUCAACCAGAAGGAUCAAAGAGAUAGAGCAAGUCCUAAGAGGAAAGGUUGCAGUAUUUGGGCCUUUUUAGUUUCGAGAAAAGGAGAGUAAGAGGUGCCAUGGUAGAAGUUUAUAAAAUUAUGCAUAGCAAGGAGAAAGUGGGUAUAGAAGCAUACCCCUCUCUUGUAAUUCAGGGAUAUCCAAUGGAGCUGAAUGUUCUAAGAUUCCUUUGUCCUGAAAAUACUUUUUCACAAAAUGCAUAGUUAAACUGUAGCAUUUGCUCCCACAAUCUCACAGUGAUAGCCACCAACUUGGAUGGUUUUAAGAGAGGAUUGACAAAUUUGUGGAGGAUAAGGUGGGGCAAUAUAUUUCUAAGUACCUGUUGUGGAAAAUUGCAGGAGGGUAGCGUGCUGUUGUGGGCUUCCCAUGGGCAUCUAGUUGGCUACUGUGAGAACAGGAUGGCUGGACUAGAUGGGCCACUGGCCUAACUGAGCCAGCUCUUCUCAUGUGACGAUGCUAAUCUUCUCUGAACAAUGGUAUGUAUCUCUCCAUGCAGAUGCCACACGAGUCAACAGUAGAGCACACUCAUGUGGAUAUCAAUGAGACAGAGUCACCUAUGGCCACCCGAAACCGCACAUCAGUGGACUUCAAAGAUUCUGACAAACGGCACCAGCUGACCCGUUCUGUGAGUGAGAUUAAACCACCCAACCUCUUCCCUCAAACUCCCCAAGAAAUCACACAUUGCCAUGAUGAGGAUGAUGAUGAAGAAGAAGAGGAGGAGGAGGAAGAGGAAGAAGAAUAGAAAUGAAAUCUGAACACAACCUGCCAAAGCGUGGCUAUAGCAGUGAUUAGCAGGAACAGAAUCCCACUAGUCCUGGGGUAUGGGGUGGGGAUGACAACAAAAUUAACACUAAUCAGAAACCCUUUAUUCUUUACAGACUUAUUCCAACUGUAAAGGAUUUUGCACUGAGUGAGGGUAGGACCACAUACAGAUGCCUAACUGCGUUGCUUGCUCUACCUAUAGAACAUGGGAAGGAAGAGCUGCUUGUGGGUCCUUUGCUCCUCUUUCUUGUGCAUUUCAAAACUGCCUCCAAGACAUGGUUUGGAAUUGGUGCAGUGAGCCUGCCAUGGGUCCUGCAGCAAUCACAGUAGCCCAGUACCAGUUCCUCACAGCUGAUACCCUUUGACCCUUUUGGGGGAAAGAUGUAUCCUAAUAUAUAAUACUGUAUGCAUGGAAAUGGUGGCAAUUCCAGGGUCAAAUUGAACCCCAUCAAGCACAAGUUUUGUUUUUGAAAUGGUUUAAUCCUCUAAUCUCCUUCUAGUGCAGUUCUGCUUCUGCUCUUUCUGUUUGGGGCUGGUUCAAGAAAGACUAUCAUGCCACAAAUUCUUGAUCUGGCUGAUAGCUAGUUCUUCUCCUGCUGAGAUCCCAAAGCUUUUAUCAUCCCUAGUCUUGGCAUGUGGUGCAUGUAUUAUACGACCUUCAAAUGGGUCCUUAUGCCGUGUGCUUGUUCUACACUCUGAAAUUAUCUCUGCUAGUAAGAGAUAAUGUCAUGCUGUAUUUUGAUUAGGUCUCAGUUAAAGAUUAAUACUGUAUUUCUGUCUAACCCACAGUGA